AUGGCAAGUUUUAUUCUGCGCACAGUUUCGACAAGCUGCUCCAGUCCCCUUUUCAACAGUGCGCUGUCUCACAAGGCGAAGACUGUGAAGACACCAUGCCUACGAGCCUUCCGCGUGCACCGGGUGCUCUGGUGCCAGGCUCCUGCCAAACCAGGUAUGUGAGCUCAGAUAGGCAUUCAUGAUUUCAAACUAACAGGUCUGAUUCUUGACACUUGUAGAAGCCAGUUCCCAACUUUCCAUCCCCUCUUCCAACAUUCUGUCACCCUCCUAAUGUAAUCCAUAAAAGGAACCUGGGAUAGUUUACCAGGGGCAGGCAGCAAGUUAAGUUUCGAUUUUAAUGUUGAUUCUAUUCCUCUUUCUCCCAUUAUAAGUGAAUGGUUGCUAAGCUCCCUUUCAGGGGAAAAAGAAAGGUCUAAGCUCCUGGGUUAAUUUGUGAGGGCAAAGCCUUCCCUCCACAUUGAAACUAGGUCGCCCAGCCUUCACUGACAAGACAUCCUGCAGGAGGUCAAAACACCCCCCCAGGGUUUGUGUAAGGUUAUCGCUCCUUCUGUAUGCUCCCUGCCCAUUAUAAUGAUUAGUAAUUUGCUGGUGAAGGCAUGUGUUAUAUUUGAAAGGGACACAAUUGUGCCUUGGAAAUGUGUGUAUGUUAAGUUUGCCUACAAACCUGCCAAGGGCAAGGAAAGUCCAUGAUGAAGUGCAAGAUAAUACUUCCGCAGCUAGCAAAUAUUUGUGGAACUCAGCUAAUUAAAUAUAUCAAUAUAUCUAGAUACUUUUUGUCUUCAGGUUAAAGCUUAAUCUGCAGUGAUUGCUUUCACAAAACAUAUUCUGUGAGACUCUUCUUUUUUUUCUUUCUUACUGGACCAUACAUAUUUGGUGAAGCUUAGGAAUUUGUUAACCAACCCUCUUACUUCCCCAAACUCUUCCCUAUUAAAGUGGUAUCUUGGUAGUCAAACGGCUUGGCUCCUGAACAAAUUGGCUCCCGAAUGCUGCAAACCCAGAAGUGAUUGUUCCAGUUUGUGAACGUUUUUCAGGAGCCAAACGUCCGACACUGCUUCUGAUUGAGUGCAGGAAGCUCGUGCAGCCAAUCGGAAGCCGUGCCUUGGUUUUUGAACCGUUUCGAGAGUCAAACGGACUCCUGGAACAGAUUAAAUUUGAGAACCAAGGUACCACUGUACUUCUUGUCAGUCUCUGUCUUCUUUCCCCACUCCUCUUUUGCCCUAAUUAGUGGGGUAGGAGAGCUGAAAAUAACACCAAUAUAUUUCACAUCCGGCAACCAACGCGCCCUUUUGGUUUCAGAUAGUACAUGGGUAGAUGAGUCUAGAAAUCCUGGGUCACAAUUAUUCAUGGCCCUCUAGUGGCUUUGGUGGCUAAUUUACCAGAAGUAAUGUACCGUAUUUUUCACCCUAUAGGACGCACUUUUUCCCCUCCAAAAAUGAAGGGGAAAUGUGUGUGCGUCCUAUGGGGCGAAUGCAGGCUUUCGCUGAAGCCUGGAGAGCGAGAGGGGUCGGUGUGCACUGACCCCUCUCGCUCUCCAGGCUUCAGGAAGUUAUCCGCAAGCCGUGGGAGAGCUGCGCGACUUCGCGCAGCUCUCCAACGGCUUGCGGAGAGCUGCCUGCACCCUGAAGCCUGGGGGGCGCUGAGCUCAGCACCCCCCAGGCUUCGGGCUUCACGCGGCUCUCCACAAGCUGUAGGAGAGCUGCGCGAAGAGCUUCCCCUGCCCCAGCUCCGCGCCUGGGGGUCAAAUAAUUUUUUUUCUUUAUUUCCCCCCAAAAACGGUGUGCCCUAUGGGCCGGUGCGCCCUAUGGGGCGAAAAAUACGGUAUUUAUCGUUAACUCUGGAAGUGUAUACUCGAUUUUGACCAAACUAAGCUUCCCAAUGUCUAUUUUGUCACCUGACAUCCCAUCUGGUUUUUAAUCAUAUACUUCUUGGAUGGGCAAAUUCUAGUUCACAGAGCGGUGCAAGUAAUCAAGAAUGGAUGAGAGUAGAGCAUCAGAAGAUGAUUAUGGAAUUUUAGCAAAGCAUGAAAUCCACUUUUCACGCUCAGUCCAAAAUUCUGUAGGUAAAAUAGUAGUUUGCAUCAUAGGAGGGUUCUUGCUCUGUAGAAGGAAGUUCAGCUUUCAUUGAAGAGUGUUGACUAUCUAAGGUCUGGGCAAAAAUGGAAUGGUUUUUCUCCUAUUAAGUCACUGAAAGGCAUGUUUACACUUGUGCCUCUUAUGUUUACAGACAGUCUUUCAUGUAGCUUGGCACACAGGCAGGAGGCAGAGAGGUGGCUCUUCAUGACUAAGAGUAGCUAAAAACGUCUUUAAGGAAUAAACUGAAACUGAAAAUGGAUGUCAUGUUAUUGAGUUGCUCUUUUGCUUCCUUUUUUUGUGUGUGUGUGGGGAAUAUUCUGCAGUUCACUGGUGUAACAAGCACUUUUAGUCUGACUUUGGCAGUAGCUGUUAUGCAAUGCUAUUAUGAAGUGAGUGCCAAUGGAAACAGCCUGCUUUGCUUUUUGAAUGACCAGCCUCUGCUCAGCCAUUAAAUAGGGCAUGUUUACAUAUCAUGCUAAACCACGGUUUAGGACAAAUAACAGGAGCUGUCACAAGACCCAGGCUCGCACACUUUCCUCUCCUUCUGUAAGGCCAGGAGCAGGACUUUGGUAGCCCUUAGCUUCAUAUUCCCAAAAUCUUUGCUUAUCAUCGUCUGGAUCAGGGAUCUUUCAUUUUUCUUAAAAAACAAAACAAAACGCAAAACCUAAUCAGUUUCAAAACUAGCUAAUUUCAAUCUGAAACUUCUGUAGCUGGCUUGGCCAAGUGUUAUAAACCAGAAUCCCUGGUCAGGAUGACAAGAGAUUAUAGGAAAUAGAAGCUAAAACUCUGCUGGCAUUCUCCUAGCCAUGUGGAAAGAGGAGAGGGGAACUCAGGGCAUGCAAACUCAAACCUCCCAGUUUUAAUUUCUUUGCUCAAAUUCUGGUUUAGUGAGACCUGCGAGUAUUUCCUCCCAGUAUUAGAUUAAGAUCAGUUGAACUCAUUUUUAAAGAUGAUUAACAUGUUAGCCUCUUUAUUGGAGGGUAUAUGGAACUUUCUGUUAACUUUUCCACUUCCUUUGCUGAUCAGAACAAAGUAACAGGGUGCUUUUUACUUAGCAAUCAAGUUGAGUGGUGGUUGUGAUUAUCCUAGGAAUUUGCUUAACCUUGUUGCCAUCCCAUCCUGUGUCUGAUUGCUGGCUACAGGUGGAUCCUACCAUUCAUAUCCUUCCUUCGCUCCCUUCCUGUAUUUCGUACCUGCUCCCAGCCUCCACAGUUUCUUAAUGCAGUAUAGUAGAUAUAGUACGGGACUUGAAGCUGGGUGACCUUAGUUCACUUCCCUGCUCGGCUAUGGACUUAGCUGAGUGUAACAGAGCCAGUCGGCGCCUCAUGGUCUUUUAAAGCAGGGCUGAGGGACCUUUGGUCCACCCAAUGUUGCUGAGCCGCAACUGCCACCCACCUUAGCUAGCAUGGCCAAUAGUCAAGGAUGAUGGGUGUUGUAUUCCAGCAUCGUCUGGAAGGUCAAAGGUUCCCAUCUCUGGUUUAAAAGGUUAACACCCUUUUCAAUGUGAUUUACAGAACAAAAACCGAAACUAUUUAUAUAUUCACACAUGCAACGUUAAAAUAACUACAUUGCAAAGCAAAAUCAUCAGCAACAGCCAUAGCUGUAACUUUAAAACAUUUCUCCAGCAACAGUUUAAAGCUGAUCCAGGUCUCUUUAGGAUUGUUUUUAAAGCCUUUUUAAAGGAGGGACCUCAGGAAAUGUAUUGCAGAGGGAUGGGUCCACAAUAGACAAGUUCCUGCCUUAAAUAGGAUAAAAUGAGUUUAUGUUUUUUUGGCACGCUGCUCUGAGUUCCUUAGAGGGUAGGAUAUAAAUGUAGUAGUAAAAGAAGCCAUUGGGUUGCCCUUUUCCAGCUAGCAUGAUUGAUGGUGAGUGAUUGGUGCAGUACUUCCUUGGUUUGCAGUGAUAGUCAGUGCUGGGCUUAUCAUGUGAGGUGUGAAGGAUGCCCAACUGAAAGCAGCUGAUUUGCUGCCUUUCUAGUUUCACUGGAAGAUGUCAAUGUAGGUGUGCAAUUUUACUGAGUCAAUGUAAAUGGAAACGUCUUGGUCUGCUUCCUCCACGCUAUUCAUUGUAUCUUUUUUUCUGUCUUCAUUCCACCUCACUCCCUUCAGGCUGUCUCCUUGUCUUCCUGCAGAGCUCUGAAAAAAGGUGAGCAGCUUCUUCGGAAGCUGUUGGUAUAGUGAGUUGGUAAAUAGGUACAAGUUUUGUUUUUUCCUCUUCCCCAUCUUAGCAGUAGUCUUUAAAAAUAGCCUCUUGUCUAAAGAGGCUGCAGUCCUAAGCACACUUACUAGAUAGUAAGCCCCAUUGUGCUCAUUGGGAUUUGCUUCUGAAUGGCUGUGCUUAGAUUGCACUUUUGGUGUCUAAUCUUGGGUUUUUGUCUCUGUGGAGGUCACUGAGGAGUCCAUGAACGCGACCAACACAGUGCUGCUCUCUUCCUCUCUGUAGUUCCCUGUAGAUUUCCUUAUUGUGAGAUUUAAGCAAAAUUGAAGUGAUCCUCUGUAAAUGAUGGUAGCUUACCAGGGAUGAUGUUGGGUCCUGUGGCUGGCCUUUUAUGUCCGAGCGAUGCUUAUUCCAUGCUUCAUCUUUGUAGAAGCCUUUGCUGUGACCUGGUGAAUGGGAGGGAAUGACUGGGCAUUUUAUCAGUGCUUCCCAAAGCUACCUUGUUUCUUCACGGGCGGAAAGGGGUGAUACCUUAAAGAAGGGGUGAGCAACUAUGGUAUAUUGUUAACUCAUAAAUAAUAAGUAACAUUAUUUUUAGUAUUAGUAUUAUAAUAAAGGGUUGACCUUUGGGCUGGCACUUCAGUUUUGGAGAAGACUUGCGCUCAUACCAGUGGGAGCCAAUUUAUUAGGAGGGGUGAUUUUCAUUGGGAUGGCAGCUGAGGAGUAAAGCAGCAAACAUCUACCUCCCCUGUGCACUAGGAUGCCAAUGAAAAUCUCCCAUGGUGCACCAGUUAGGACUUGGGUGGUGGGGGAGUUUCCAUUACUGCUGACAGUGUGGUGUAGUAGUUAUGAUCGGUAGACUUGUAAUCUGGGGAACUGGGUUCAUGUCUCCGCUCCUCCACAUGCAGCUGCUGGGUGACCUUGGGCUAGUCACACUUCUCUGAAGUCUCUCAGCCUCACUCACCUCACAGAGUGUUUGUUGUGGGGGAGGAAGGGAAAGGAGAUUGUUAGCCGCUUUGAGACUCUUUAGGGUAGUGAUAAAGCGGGAUGUCAAAUCCAAACUCUUCUUCUUCAGGAGCUUUUCCCCAAUCCUAAUUGCCACCUGUGUGUUGUGUGUGGGGAUUAUUUUCCAUGGGAUGAUAGCUGAGGGGGUAGAGAAGUGUAAAGGAGAGAGAAUGAGUUUGGUGGACGGGGAGGGGGGAGAGUCAGAGAGAGGGGGGAAUAGCACCACCCACGCCAGAUAUGUGCUGCAAGCAUACAGACCAGCUCCUAGGGGCCAAGGCACUUCCACUACCACCCCAGUGUUGUUGUUUUUGAGGGUCCCAGGCUCCCUCAAUAUUCAGAGGGCCUUUGGCUCUGCCCCCCUGGCUCCUCAUGACGUCGCGUGUGUGUGACAUCAGGAUGCCACAUGAGGUCCCCUCAGUCAUCUUGAGAAGGUGGUGCCUCUGGCCCUGAGAACAAAGUAAGUCCCUACUGGGUCAGGCCAAUGGCCUAUCUAGUCCAGCUUCCUGUUCUCACAAGCGUCCAACCAGAUGCCUGUGGGAAGCCCAUAAGCAGUAGCUGAGCACAAGAGUCCUCUCCUCUCCUGCGGUUUCCAGCAACUGGUAUUCAGAAGCUUAUUGCCAUCAGGAAUAAGAGCCACAGAUAGCCUUUACCUCAGUGAAUCUGUGUAAGCCUCUUCUAAAGCCAUCCAUGUCGAUGAGCUUCACUUCCUCAUGUGGUAGCGAAUGCCAUAGUUUUAACUAUACACCAACAAGGACCCUUAUUUUAUUUUAUUUUGGUCUGCCUUGAAUCCUCCAUCAUUCAGCUUUCAACACAUGUCCUAGGAUUGUGAGAGAGGGAGCCAAACUUUUCUCUAUCCACUUUCUCCAUGCCGUGCAUAAUUUUAUAAAUUUCUAUUUCUAGCAGUUUGAAAGCACGUCAAAGUGCAAGUAGAUAAAUAGGUACCGCUCUGGAGGGAAGGUAAACAGCGUUUCCGUAUGCUGCUCUGGUUCGCCAGAAGCGGCUUAGUCAUGCUGGCCACAUGACCUGGAAGCUGUCUGCAGACAAACGCCGGCUCCCUCGGCCUAUAGAGCAAGAUGAGCGCGCAACCCCAGAGUCGGUCACGACUGGACCUAAUGGUCAGGGGUCCCUUUACCCUUUUUAUCAUGUCACUUUUUCUCUAAACUAAAAAGCUGCAAAUGCCUUUUUAGUUUUCCAAGACUGGAACAACAGUUUCUCCACUUCUGUUUUAUGGCUAUUGGUGUUUCUGGUGUUACAGCAUUUGAAGGAAUGUUUGUCACAUGUUUUGGAGGAAAAGAAACACUGCAGCCUGGCCAAGCGGCAUGUGGAACAUGACCUUGUGAGAAAUGGCUGCAGGACCAGUUCAGCCAUAGACUUGCUACUUGGCAAGUUGCUGGACUCUUAGCUGGAGUUUUUCACAUGUAAAAUGAAAGAAGUCUAUCCCAAGGUCGUCACCUUUGCAGCUAAAGAAGACUAUAAAAAACAUUGUACCCAAAGUGCAAAUGACUGUAGAAUUUUUUUAAAAAACCCAAACAUUAUGCAUGCUAAUAAGUUUUACACCUGAGAGAGGAAGAUAUUCUGAGACUUCUACCACUAAGUUCACACAACCACUUUUCAUAGAACUCAAGUGCUUACUGUUUUAUUUAAAUUGGACUUGGGCCACAAUCCUGCACACUUAUGUAGGAGUAAGGCUCAUGGAGCUCCGUGGGAUUUGCUUUCUGAGUGAUUGGGCUUAAUCAUUUGAAUGUGUUUAUCUUUUCCAUUACAAUGAAUAGUUAAUGUUUUUUAUUGAAUUACUCCUGCCAUAUGUGCACUGGUGAGUUGUUAUAGAUUGGUAUCUAAAGGGAUGAUGGUUGUCCAUCAUAUUUUCAGCCUGAAGCAUUGUACAUGCAAACGACUAUUUUCAUUGGAGGUUGUCUUCUCUCCCUCUCCCCCCCCUCCCGCCUUGCAAAUUACCAAAGGAUUUGCUGUUUGCUUCUCUUCCAUUUACAGGUAUCCCAUAUAAGCAGCUGACUGUGGGUGUUCCCAAGGAAAUAUUUCAGAAUGAGAAGAGAGUGGCCUUGUCACCGGCAGGAGUUCAAGCCCUGGUUAAACAAGGGUUUAACGUUGUUGUGGAGUCGACUGCAGGAGAAGCUUCCAAAUUCUCUGAUGACCAUUACAGAGAGGCAGGGGCACAGAUCCAAGGGACGAAGGAAGUCUUGGCAUCUGAUUUAGUCGUCAAAGUAAUUCUGGAUUUUUUUUUCAAUACUUCCCUAUCGCUGGUGUGGGGAAACCUUUUCAGCUUCUGGGGCCCACAAGCCAGAGGUGGGUGGGGCCAUAGGCACACGUGGGCAUGCCUAGAGGCAAAAGUGGGCAUAGCAAUGGAUGUGACUCCUGCCUUUGUACCAGAGGCUACGUUACAGCCAAGUAAAAAGUCCCCACCCACCCACAUCAUUCCAUCUAGACAGGCAAUUGCCAUUAUCAUAGUUCAGGGACAUAGUCCAGCCAGGCAAAAACAUUGAGCAAAGGGACAUAGAAAAUAGGUGUGUGGCUUGGGGAAGGGUUGUGGCUCAGUGGUAAAGGUCCCAGGUACAAUCUCUGUCAUCUCCUGGUACGGCUGGGGAUGGUUCCCUAUCUGAAGUCUUGGAGAAUGGCUCCCAGUCAGGGUAGAUAAUACAGUGGUGCCUCGCAAGACGAAAUUAAUCUGCUCCAAGUCUCUCUGCCUUGCGAGUUUGCCCAUGAUGCACGUUUCCCAGGAAUGCACUGAAAAUCAACACGUGCUCCUAGGAAACCGCUGACUAGACCGGGGAGUCUGUCCUGACCUCUCUGAAGCCGGGGGGCUCCUUGACCUCCAGCACUUUAAACUCCUGACAGCGGAGGACUUCUCCGCUGUCCGGGCGAUCUUAAAAUGCUGGCGGGCGGCAUUUGGUCACCCGGGACAUGGAGGACUUCUCCGCUGUCCGGGGCAAAUUUGGUGCUCCUGGGGACAAAGACUUGCCCCCGCCAGCCUUCAGAAGAGGUCCUGACUCUGAAGGCGGGCGGGGGCAAGUCUUGCUCCCGCCUUCAAAAGCCUCCGGGACAGGCAGGCAGGGGAGCAGCACUCGCCCGCCCGCCUCGUAGCCCCCGCCCGCUCGGAGCACCGCUCCGGGCCGGGCGGCGGCGGAGCUCCUCCCCCCCGCUCCGGCCGGAGCACGCCCGGCCGGGCGGCGGCGGGAGGUGCCCUCCCCGCCCGCUCGGGAGCACCGCCGGCCGGGCGGCGGCGGCAGGUGCCCUCCCCGCCCCGGGCUUCGGGAGCACUGCCUGCCGGGCGGCGGCGGGAGGUCCUCCCCGCCCGGCUCGGGAGACCGCCCGGCCGGGGCGGCGGGGGAGGCCUUCCCUCCCCACCACCCGGCUUCGAGCACUGCCUGGGCCGGGCGGCGGGGCACCCUCCCCCCGCCCGGCCUGAGCACCGCCCGGGCCGGGCGCGCGGCGGCAGUGGUGGCCUCCCCGCCCGGCUUCGGGAGCACAGCCCGCCGGGCGGCGGCGGCAGGUGUUCCCUCCCCGGCCUGCAGAGCACGGCCCUCCGGGCCGGGCGGCGGCGCAGGUGUUCCUCCCCGCCCGGCCUCGGGAGGAGCUCAAGCCCGGCGGCGGGCGGGAGUGAGGUGUCCCCGCCCCCCCGCCAGGCUUCGGAGGAGGUCCGAGGACAGUGGGGAAGACGCGCCUGCGCUUCCUCGCUGAAACCCUGAGAUUUCCCUAUGGCUGUCAGCUCCUGCGGCGCCCAUAGGAAGUCUGCUUGCGAAGCGCUCUAAAACGGAAAACCCUUUCGCCUAGCGGGCCUUCUGGCCUUGCAGGCGUCUGGCCCUAUGGGUACCACUGUACUGAGCUAGAUGGACCAAUGAUCUGGCUCGAUAUAGGCAGCUUCCUAUGACAGUCCCAAGGGUUGGAUAGAGAGGCCUGUGGGGCUGCAUUUGGGCCCCUGGCCUGAGGUCCCCUACCCCUGCCCUGUCCUGUCAUAUGAAUGCCCUAUUUAUGUGGUUGCUGCUGAGUAGAGAAAUAAUGCUGAGUUAACCUUAUAGGGUGGAGUCAGACUGCAGCAAAGGCACAGAGUGUCACAGAUUCACUGCCAAAUGGCAGCUCUGAUGCAGGCUACGAUCUGGAGGUGUUGAGUUUGCACUUGCCCAUGGAGUCUUCUUAGUUCCCCCACCAAGUAUAGGCUCCCAGUACUUUAUGUUGUGCAGGCCAUGGAGGUACAUUUUAGCCUGUGCAGUGGUGGCUUUCCAACUUUUGUGUUCCGGAGGAUCCUGGUGUUUCCGGGAAGCUUACUGAUGCCGAGUUCAGUAAGAUAUGGGCCUACGGUUUCUGCAGGCAAUCUAGCAAGGCCUCACAUGCUUGCCCAGGUUCCCUUGCCAUGUGAGAAUGGCGAGAAUCCUUGGAUUCACUGGUGUGGUGUAAAGGAAUGUGUGUAGCAGACCAUUUACCACUGGGGAGCUCUUCCUGUGCUAGGAAAGAUUUGAAGGCAAUUUGUAAACUGAUACGAGUAUUUGCUUGCAGGAGCGAGUGAUGGGGGAAUUCCAGAAAUGCUGAGCUAGAUCUAUGGAACUGGCCCAUGGUGAUCUGUGCAUCAGGGCUGCUCACAUAUAAAGGAAGCCAGUGCCACAUAUUCAUGAGAGUGCGAUUUGUGUUGUCCACAGUCCUCCAUUGGCUCAUUGCAGUUGCUGCAAGAAGACCUCAAUAAGUAGCCUCAGUGUAGUAGCUGCUAUAUAUUAUAAGGAUUGUUAAGUACAGCAGCUCAUUGCAUAAGUCACUUGCACUGUCUGUAGAAUUUCCAUGCGACUAGCUGCUAGGAAGAUAAGUUAAUUCCUUCCUCCAUUUGGCAACCACAGCUCAUGCGUCUAUCCUAACUCUCCAGAUGUAUUCAACAGAUGGUGCGUGGGUGAGAGCUUUCUCAAAAUAUUGAUUGCAUAUUUUUUAUUUUGUAUGUGCUUUGAUAUAUUGUGAUCAUGAGCCACAGUUGCCAUACUUAAAAAAUUUAAGUUUCCUCUGCUGGCUGCAUCGGUGAUCUUUAAUCAGCCUGCAGGGACAGUCUUUUUUAAAAAAACACUGUAAUGUGAGGAAUGGGAUUUCCCUGCCAUGAUAUUUCUAAAACAUGUGUGAGCGAAUCCUCAAACAGAAAGGAAACCUCAGUCCUUGCAGUCCAAAUGCACUUAUCACAAGGCACGUUAUCGACUGAGCAAAGUCCACUCCUGCAGCUGCUCUUUGAAUGGCAAUGAUGUGCUAAGUCUUGGCUCCUGUAGUCUAAACAUUUUGAAAUGCAUUAGGAGCUGCCCUAUACAAAAUCAGACCAUAGGUCAACAUUAUCUACACUGACUUGGGAGUGGCUUUCUAACAUUUCAGGCAGGGUUGUUUCUUUGCCAUUCUGGGGAUUUCAAAAGGGGAACCUUUUGCAUCCAAAGCAUGUGCUUCACUGCUGAGCCAUGGUCUGGCUAGAAACAUACGGAAUUAUAAUUUUUGUCCACAGUAGCUUAUUCAGCUUAUGUUGCAGUAAUGAAAGUACAUCAGCCGGCAGUUAAGAUGUCCUUGGUUUAAAUCUUGCUUCAGACUUGAUAUGACACGAUAAUCUUUAUUGUCAUUGUCCCAUACAGAACAAUGAAAUUGAAAAAUCUACAUAAAACCAAGAAGCCUGCUAUCUCAGCUAUCCUAACCUGGUUAGCCCCCUACAGACUCCAUACAAUGCGUUUAAAACCAAAAUCGCAUUUGGGUAGAAACUGUUUCUCAGGAAUGCAGAAUUGGCCUUACUAUAUCUCACCCUCAAUGCAUUCUUCCCUUGUUACCAUAAUAAUGAAAAUAAUUAAAAAAUAAAAAUAUUAGCCUGCACCACAGAGCUGUUUGAGGAUUGCUGAGAUACUGUAUUUGAGAGCUGUAGUGCUGCAGUAGCUGUUAUGCUGGGCUUGGAACCAUGACUCCUUGUUUCAAAAUCUUGCCAGGGCUAUUAACUCAGAACGUAUUAUGAGGCAACCCACGUGCUCCCAGGGAUGAAAUUCUGGUGUAUAUUUGGACCCUGGCAGGUGCAAUUGAGGGUAUUAACAAUUUGCCUUCUGCCACAGUCCCAAUCUGGAAUGGGAAGGAAAGCUUCCUGUUACUGUUUCCCUAAUGCAAAUAGCAGUUGUUGGACCCCUCAUCUGGACUGAGACUGCAGCUGGAGGGGCCAAAGUGUUGAAGAACACUUACAUCACUGCCAAGCUACAUCAGUCUCCUACACCUGUUGUUUGUACUUAAAAGCAAUGUCAAUGUACCUGUAAAUGGUUUGAACAUUACCUAUUUUAGCACCAGUCCCUCUGCAACAUUGGAAUGAAAACUGUCCUUCUUUAUAUGCAGGUGUUUAGGAUUAUUAGGAUGAUUCCUGAGAAGUAUAUUGAACAGUCUUUAGCACUAUGAAAAUGCUAAGUGAUGCUUUAUUAAUUUUUGUGCAUUCUCAAUUUCAGGUGAGAGCUCCUAUGUUGAAUCCAGCUCUUGGCAUGCACGAGGCAGAUCUCUUUAAGUCAUCUGGUACCCUAAUCAGUUUUAUCUACCCAGCUCAAAACCCAGACCUCUUGAACAAACUGUCAGAAAGAAGAACCACUGUCUUGGCUAUGGAUCAGGUCCCUCGCGUGACCAUUGCUCAAGGAUAUGAUGCUCUCAGCUCCAUGGCCAACAUCGCUGGGUAUGAAAACACAAUGUUUUAGCCAGCUGUGUGAUUACAUCAAUGGACAGUUGGGUUUUGGUUGGGAUUCAUAUCCUAAACAAAGGUUUGUUUUCAUUUGUGAACAAGGGCAGCCUGUGUGGUGCUCUCCACACGUUGUGGACCAUAGCUUCUACUGUCCAUGACACUUUGGCAUGCUGGCUGGGGCUGAUGGAAGUUGUGGUAUGCCAUAUGGUGAGGGCACCAUGUUGUCUAUCCCAUGGAUAAGUAAUUAUGUCCAAAUGUGGAGAUAUACCUGGAGGUGUAGUCAAGGCAGAUAGCCAAGCUAUGUGGUUUGGAAAAUAUUUAAGAAUCGGUAUCUAUUUGGGUUCAAAGAAUGUAUGGGAAUCUGAAGCCCACUAGGUUCUCUCUGUUACUGAGGGUGUGGAUCCAUUAGCUGGGAAAGGAAUUAGGAAGGAAUUACUUGCAGGUGAAGAAUCUGAAUACUGGGGGUGAAUACUUGCACAUAGAAAGGAGUUUUUAAGCUCCUGCAAAUUUGAGCCAAACUUUGUAAAGCCCAAAGAGCACGGGCCAGAUCAGAGGGAGGUUGCCAUCAACAGCUUGUGCAUCUCCUUAGGAAUGAGGAAAUGAGAAGGCUAUGUUUUGGACAAGCAAAUUUGUCCAGUAAAUACCUCUGCUAUUUGUACCACCUUAUGCUACUAUGUCCAGUGCCAUAGGAAGGCACUGGACAUAGUAAAAGAUCCAUCGCAUCCUGGUCACUGUCUCUUCGAGCUCUUGCCGUUGGGAUGGAGAUACAGGACGAUGAAGACCCGAACGAGCCGUCUUAAGAACAGCUUCUUCUCCAGAGCGAUCUCGGCCCUGAAUGGGAAGCCCAGACUUUGAAAGUCAUCUAAUCUCCCUUGCUGUAUUAUACUGUAUUGAUUAAUUAGUGUUUUUAUGGAGCAGUCAAGUAAUUUCGUUGUCCCUGAAGGGGGCAAUGACAAUAAAGAUAUUAUUAUUAUUAUUAUUAUUAUUAUUAUUAUUAUUAUUAUAAACAACAAUACCCUCUUCUAAAUAAAUAAAAUAAAUGUAAGCUUGGGAAAUGAUACAGAUGCUUGUGUUCUCUUUUAUUUCUGACAGCUAUAAGGCAGUUGUGUUGGCAGCCAAUCACUUUGGUCGUUUUUUUACGGGUCAGAUCACGGCAGCUGGCAAAGUCCCUCCAGCAAAGGUAGGUAAUGAAAUAAGUGCAAGUGCUGUUAUUUGCAGGCACAAUCAUCAGGUGAUAGAAAUGUGACGUGACUUUGCAUUUCAACUGCAAUAGAUACUGGUUGGAAUUUUGUUUCACAGGAUGACUACCUCCCCCCCCCCCCUUUAUUUAGCAUCUCUCAGUGAGCCAAAUAUAGCUUCUUUUGCUGUUAGUAGACAUUUGUUUGGAUGCAGCUGAGGCUGAAUGGCUUAUGAAUUGGCAUCCUUCAAAGUUUAAGAUGUUCAAAUUGUAGACAUUUAAUAUAAAAAUUGGCUUGCUGUUGCUGGAAUACAAGGUCUUCAUACACAGCGUGAUGUGUCUUAUGAAUUGCAUUUUUGGUUAAAGAGAUGCUGUGCUUUUUAUCUAGACUACAACCUAAAGAACAAUACUUUGCUGAUGUCUAGAAUUCUAGGUUUAAUUUUUGUUUUUACGGGCCCCCUUUUUGUUACAGGCUUGUAAAAUAAAGUCCAAAGAUCUGUACUGAGACUAGUGCUGUUGUCACAAGAACAGUACAAAGUGUUGUGUGCAGAUCCUAAAGUACAAAAUAUACACAUAGUUCAACACACAGAUGUUUCUGUGUGUGAUUUGCCACGUUCCCCCUUAAAAGGGGGAAAGCCCCAAACCUGACAUGUUGGUGUGUUUUAAUAACUUUUUUAUCUGCUGUUCAUUUUAAUUAUCAUUUAGAUGGUUUAAAUAAUUAAACUUUUUUUUAUAUAAUUUUGAUAUUAAUUCUAGGUUUCACUAGAAUCAAGGACUAUAUAAAUUUUGAUAAAUAAAACAAUAUAAGGGUGGAGAAAAUAUUGGGCCCAUGCAUUAGAGUAUAUUAAAGGGCAAGUAAUAUGUGCUUUAUUUUGUUCUUGGAGUAUUUCUGUACAAACUACUGUACCAGAUACUGGUUUUGCAAGAGGAUUAAAUUUGGCUCUCCAGGAGCAAUGUAGUAAUCGCUUGGAAGCUUACUGACCAGAUUGCGUUUAUUCUGCACUAACCAAAUCAGAUUUUUUUUUAGUGGGGAAAGCUCCAUGGUCUCUUUAAUUUAUGCAAAUUAAGUAUUCUUGCAUAUAUUUUCAUUAGUCUGCAUAAUUUGUUCUGCUUCUGCAUGCAUAGAAGAAGAUUCACCCUCCUGCCCUACAAUUAGUGACAGGGAAUCAGUAGAAUGUCAGUGGAAUCUUUAUCCCCUGUUACUAAUUGCAGUGUGUGUGUGUGAUUUCUGUGGAAAUUGUGGCUGGGGAGAGAAGGCUAGAAUUUUCCUUCCUUGUGAGCUGUGGUCCUGCUAAAACUUCACUUUAGUUUACUAUUAAUUAUUAAUUAUAAUUAAUAAUGGUAAUUGCCUGACGUGAUUGGGUGAUGCAUUUAGCAUCACUGUAGUUAGGCCUUCAGAUUUGCCAGAUGUUGAAUGCAAGUAAUGCCUGGUUCCAAGGAACUGUGGGAUAUGCAUGCAAUCCUGCUUACUGUGCUGCUUAUGUACUUAAUGGAAAGGUGGUGGUCCCUGAUUUAAGCUUAGUGCUAUCACCCUGCUGCUCCCUCACAUUCCCAAGGAGAAGAUGCACUGGAUUUAGCUAUUGUCUUCCUCCAGCUGCUUACAGAUGGUGCAUGGUUACUGUGCAGCUUUUGGUUUUCUAAAUCUACCCCGAAAGAAGCCCUGGCUGCUCUUUUCCCAAAUACUGUUGCACUGUUCAGAAAGAUCCAAGGGAUAAUACAGAUUAGAUUAGUGCCGAGCUAGUUUAGCUAUAUCUUGGCAUUGUGGGAUUGUGGGAAGGCCAGAACAAAAGUUUGGGAGUGUGGAGUCUUAACCAGAUGUAGAAGAGGUUAAUCCUCUUGGUCCCAAGGAUGUGUAAAGGUCAGAGAAGUCACACUGAAAUGGGAGCAAUGUGUUCAUUUCUGCAGAGGACAAGAAGAAUAUCCCAGAGUGAGAGAGCAAAGACUAGGAGGCCCCAUGGCAAGGAAGGGGUCAGCUUGGUGUCCUUGACAAGCAGAAAAUCAUUCUUGUGCAGUAAACCAGAUGGAUAAAAUGCUUUUUCUGUUUGGACUGUCAACAGAACAGCCAAACUGAGUUUUGUACUCUUAACCUAAUGAGACUUCUUAACACUUUCAGAAUAUGGCUAUGUCUGAACUGGGUUUUAAGACCUGAAAUAGGGAUUGUGAGAAUGAGACCAAAGAACUGAGAUAUGUGCACAGUCACAUUUAGUGUGGAUAUUUGGAAUACUCCCAUGUUUGCUCCUUUCCCAGCUUCCUGAAUGUGCACAGGUGACCAGAUAUCCCAUCAGAGGGAAAACUCACAAUUGUGCCUAGGAGUAGUUCCUCUUGUUUACAAAAUAGCUACCUGAUGGCUGGGAAGUUGCAAAGGGUCCUUUUGAUUGAAAUAUUAUUCCGUUGACUGGCUGACUGCUUUUUUUUUUUUGGUAAGGCACUGAAGAAGCUGGGUUCUGCUUGAACUUGCUUGUAAAAUAUUCAGGCUCAGGAAACCAUUUUCAUUCCGUAUUCAUUGACACUGAACCAAUGCCAGUUGAUUUGUGACUUAACUGCACUGUAUCUUGCGGACGCAGGUUCUGAUCAUUGGUGGUGGAGUCGCAGGCUUAGCAUCUGCAGGAGCAGCUAAAUCAAUGGGAGCUGUGGUUCGUGGGUUUGAUACCAGGUAUGUGCAUACCCAUUGUAAAUUAUUGCUAGCGGCCUUACUAUUUCGUUUGUAUCCAUCUAUUCUGCCAAGGAGGGGACGUGGGUGGCGCUGUGAGUUAAACGACAGAGCCUAGGACUUGCCGAUCAGAAGGUCAGCGGUUCGAAUCCCAGCGACGGGGUGAGCUCCCGUUGCUUGGUCCCUGCUCCUGCCAACCUAGCAGUUCGAAAGCAUGUCAAAGUACAAGUAGAUAAAUAGGUACCACUCUGGCGGGAAGGUAAACGGCGUUUCCGUGCGCUGCUCUGGUUCACCAGAAGUGGCUUAGUCAUGCUGGCCACAUGACCCGGAAGCUGUACACCGGCUCCCUCGGCCAAUAAAGUGAGAUGAGCGCCGCAACCCCAGAGUCGGUCAUGACUGGACCUAAUGGUCAGGGGUCCCUUUACCUUUAUUCUGCCAAGGAGUUUGGGCCAGCAUGUCAUAUGUGGGGUCCCAGAGAAACAUAGGAAAUUCCCUUAAAAAGCUGGGCUUUGGUCCAUCUAGACCACCCCUGUGGGCCUAUUUGACCCAGUAAAAAGCCCUUCCUGGGUGGAGCCUUCGCUAACGCUGUCCUUUUGUUUCUCCCCAACACCCUUCCUGUUAAUAGCUUAUUUUUCUCUUCAAAUUUACAGAGCUGCAGCAUUGGAGCAGUUCAAAUCACUAGGUGCGGAGCCUUUGGAGGUUGACCUAAAAGAAUCUGGGGAAGGGCAAGGAGGCUAUGCAAAAGAGAUGUCUAAAGAGUUCAUUGAAGCCGAGAUGAAACUCUUUGCAAAACAGUGCCAAGAUGUUGACAUUAUUAUCACGACAGCUCUCAUUCCUGGUAGGUGUCCUGUGGAGCAGGCAGCCCUUUUCCUGUUGAAAUGAAAAGAAUGUGUUUACUUAAGCAGAUUUGCAAAGAUAUUUGUUCUGACUUGGCGUCAAAACAGCACAUGACUCGAAAUUCGUCACUGGCUAGUACAUCAUGUUUUUAAAAACUUUGAUAAUAGGCACAUGUGCACACAAUGAUUUUUAUUGGGACCACAAUGCAUAGAGAGGGAAGAUUGAAUCCUUCCCUCCCCAGCCAUGAUCUUGCCAAAAUUGCUCCUUCAUUGUGUUGGUAUUUAGCUCAUGGUGAAGGUGUUAAGGUUCAUUCAAUAUUGGGUGGUCUUUUCUGAAGGCUAUUAGCAGUGCAGGAGAGAGUGAUUUUCGUCAGGAUCAUGACUGCGAGGGAAGCUUUCAACCUCUCCCUCUCGCUCUCUCUCUGCACACUGUGGUCCAAAUGCAAGCUGUCGGUUAGUUGGCAUUGUUCUUGCUUUUGCUUCGUGCCAUUUGGAGCCCAAGAUGUUAGCCCUGCAAAAGACAUGAAUAAAUCUGCCAUUGAUACUAACUUCUGCUGACCUUCCGGCUGAAAGUAGUCACCACCUCAGAGCUGAGUUUGUGUGCAAGACUGCUAGGUUUCUUCCCAUUACAAUGGUACCUUGGGUUAAGUACUUAAUUCGUUCCUGUUCUUAACCUGAAACUGUUCUUAACCUGAAGCACCACUUUAGCUAAUGGAGUCUCCUGCCGCCGCCGCGCCGCAAGAGCACAAUUUCUGUUCUCGUCCUGAAGCAAAGUUCUUAACCUGAGGUACUAUUUCUGGGUUAGCAGAGUCUGUAACCUGAAGCAUAUGUAACCUGAAGCAUCUGUAACCCGAGGUACCACUGUACAGUACAUUUCUGCCCAUAACACUUUACUGCUAUCUCGUUUGGGAUACAAUUUGGAAUACUCAGCACCAAGCCUCCCAUGAGGUUGGCCACUCUUCAACUUCCCAUGAUGUUUUCGGUAGCAUCUUAGUGGAGGAGAGGGCUUCUUCCUAUCUAGGGAUGUAUCUUGCUCCCAUUGAAUCUGGGAUAAUCUGGAAGUGAAUCAGAUUGUUGCGUAUGGAAAUGCAUGCAUGCAACUAAAAUACUAUGUUUACUGAAUUACAUGCAAAUCAAGGGGAAAAUUAAGAGAAAUCAUUUCUUCCUUUAGAGCACCCUUUCUCAACCUGUGGGUCCCCAGAUGUUGUUGAACGACAACUCCCAUCACCCCUAGCUAGCAAGGCCAGAGCUCAGGAAUGAUGGGAGUUGUAGUCCAACAACAUCUGGGGACCCACAGGUUGAGAACUGCUGCUUUAGAGGAAAAUGUGGUCACUGGUUCUUCCUUAUUUGGUGUACUUGAUACAGUGCUUUCCUACUUUCCCCCCCAGGUAAAAAAGCUCCAAUCCUCUUUCGGAAAGAUAUGAUUGAAUUGAUGAAGGAAGGCUCAGUUGUUGUAGACCUAGCUGCUGAAGCUGGGGGAAACAUUGAAACUACAAAGCCAGGAGAACUCUAUAUUCACAAGGUACUGGUUUCUUAAUAGCCACCAGAUAUUCUUAGUAGCUGCUUUCAGCAGCAGCCUUUGUAAAUGGAGUAAGUCAGGGCCCCACCCACACAUGCCAGUCUUGUCUACACUGACUGGCAGCAGCUCUUCAGUGUUUCUGAUGGGACAUUCCCAGCCGUACCUGGAGAUGACCCCUAGGACCUAUUGUAUGCAAAGCAAAUGGUAUACCAUUGAGCUGUGACCCUUCCCAUUCGUUUGGCAAAAUCAACAUUUAGUACCAUGUUCUUAGAUGCUGAUGUCUAGGAAUGGUUCCCCCCCCCCAACUUUGACUUCAGGAGUUGUGUCUCAGCUUGCUUAUUCAUGAAGCCAUAUUUUUGGUAUCUCCAGGGAAUUACACACAUAGGUUAUACGGACCUUCCCAGCAGAAUGGCCACCCAAGCCAGCACGUUGUAUUCCAAUAACAUCACCAAGCUCCUGAAGGCCAUCAGCCCGGACAAGGAGAAGUUCUUCCUUGACAUAAAGGAUGAAUUUGACUAUGGUACCCUGGACCAUGUUGUAAGAGGAACAGUGGUAAUGAAGGUAAGCUAAUCUAUGUUAUUUUUUAAAUUGGGAGUCCAAGCCUCAGCCUGUUCUUUCUUUUUUCUUUUCUACAACCUGAAUUAAAGCACCUGUAUGUUUUGAAUGUUUUGAAAUUCCCCUGGAUAAUCUGUCAUCAAUGUGCAAGAAGGGUAGUAUUAUUUGUGUUCAACUGCACUAUACAUGCAUUACUUAAUCCUGGGGGUACAUCCAUCAGUUUAGCCUUUUUUGGCUUCAAAUGAACCAAGCAUGUUGAAUGGAACUAAACAGUGCAUUCAGAUGCACACAAUGUUAUCCAGAUAUGAUAUCUGGCUGUUCCUUUGUUAAUUGUUGUUUGUUAAAAAUGCUUGUGCAUAGCUCCUUGCCAGUAUAAUAUACACACACACCAAUCAGCAGAUAAGAUUUGCUUGAGAACCACUUUGUCAAGGCAGGAGAGGAUCGUAGGUCCAUACCUUUGUUGACACUUCCCGGAAGAGUGCUGCAAAUCCCAUAGUCACAGACACCUCUUACUCCUUUUGCCUCUGGAUUUAAGAACUGGCAGGCUAAAUCAUGUCUCUGGGCAGUGGGGGGGGGUCCACUUUAGCCCAGGAGAUUGCAAAUUCUCUGAUCCGUUGGAUAAAACCACAACUGCUUUUUCUCAGGACGGAAAAGUGAUUUUUCCAGCACCACCUCCCAAGAACAUUCCUCAGGCAGCGCCUGUGAAGCAGAAGACUGUGGCAGAGCUGGAAGCAGAAAAAGCAGCCACCAUUACACCCUUCAGGAAAACAAUGACGACUGCCUCUGCAUACACAGCAGGUGAGAAAGCAGCUGCCGUACUCUGGCCACUCUGUGGAACCUGCAUCCAAAGAUGUCCCAGGGCCUAAUAAUGUCUAGAAGUAAAGAUGGAUCUUGCUGUCAAAUUAUAGGGAGCCAGAUAGCUAAUCUUCCCUCUUCCUCUCAGGUCAUUCACCCUUGGCGAAUCCUCUCAGGUGUGUGUGUGUGUGUGUGUGUGUGUGUGUGUGUAUGUGCAUAUGCAUAUCAACUGUGGCUUGCAUUCCUGCAGCCCCCAUCCUCAGUUGAUCCAUACAGUGAGGUGAGAUGGGGAGGCAUUAUUGUCUCCACUCCAUUCAAAUGAUCAAUUCUGUGACUUGGCGUGUGUGAAUGAUUUACAUCCCUAUCGGGUAAAUGGGCUCUGCUCACCCCAGGACUCUUAUUUUUUUGCCACUGCCAAAAUUGGUGGAGGUAGAAAAACUAACUUUGUGUGUGUGUGUAUGUGCAUACAUAUAGAGUUUUCUGAACCAUCAUGCCAUUUAAUCCAUUCUGGGCCUUUAAGCGGGAGAAGGAGAGAGAUGAAAUGUACAUUGCCAGAAAAUAUCAGAAGCAAGGUCUCGCUUUGCUAGUACUUCCCAUGGAUCACGUGCUAUUUAGGCAGCCUGAAAAUGCUAGAAAAAUUACUUUGAGAAAAAUGAAUGACUUUGCCAUCUUUGUAGGACUAGCUGUCUUAGCCACCUUGGACUCCUUUGGAGGAAUGUGUGGGGUACAAAUUUAAUAAAUGAACACAACUGUAGAAACAAAGGGAGGCUGUAUUUUGUCAGUGUUUAAAACUUAGCAUGAAAUCUACCACAUGUUUUCAUUCUUUGCAGGACUUAAUGCUCUCUUGUCUUGCAGGACUCAGUACCUUGCUCGGAUUGGGUGUUGCCGCUCCAAAUUCAGCUUUCACUCAGAUGGUGACAACAUUUGGCUUGGCUGGGAUUGUUGGGUACCACACGGUGUGGGGUGUGACUCCUGCACUCCACUCGCCACUCAUGUCUGUGACGAAUGCCAUCUCAGGUAAUACAAAUGACUGCUUUUUCUGGUUUUGACCCUGACAUUUCUCUGAGGGGUGAUUUGUCACUUAAAAGUGUAAAUGACACCAAACAUACCUGUAUCUGGAAAUGUGUGUCAUAUAGGUGCCCUCAACUGACAGCCAGAGGAUGGGUUGCAGCUCCCUCUUUGUGGGGUAAACGUUGCUGUCACAUAAUGUGUUCACAAGCCUAAAAUGUGGGUUUUAGGUAUGGUUACCAAAAAAUAAGUAAAGCCAACUAAAAGUAUUGUUGGGACACAAGGUAUUACAGACUAGAGUCCUAGAGUCUAUUUCAUCACAUGUACAUUCUGCCUGGAAAUCGGUAGGUUUAUGCACAGUGGAGCCAGGUUUUACACAGUGAUUAACAAAAUGCAAUAUAAUCAAAUGGAAUUAAUUAUGUUUUAGUUCUCUUGUCACCCAAGAAUGGGCUAACGUUUGCAACAUCAGCCAUAUAAAACCCUGGCUUAGCCAAAAGGGUCUUGCAGAGUCCCCUUCAAAGUGCUGAACACUUUUGCAAAGUGCUCUGCAUCAGGUGAUUGAUGAGAUAACUAUCUGGCCAAAUCCAGUUUCCUGCCCUUAUCUAGAUACUUACCACUGUCAUAAUUUGGUAGGUAGUUUCUAGCUGUAUUGCUGGUGACAUUAAGUGUACAUUUGGCAGGGUAGUCCAAUGCAGAUUUGAAAGUACUGUAUUAUCUAGUUAAGACGCAUUCAGACAGCACCUUAUUCCAUUUUCCCUGAUAAUUUUUGUGUUCUGUGUGAUCUUUCACAUAAUAUGAAAUACACUUGUGGAAAUCUAGUGAAAAUUUAGCUCUCAUUUCUAUGUUAACUGCUUCCAGGAAAAAGACCCAUUUGCAACCCCGCUAACCUGGAAAAUUAUGGCAUACAGUCCUUUCUCACCAUUUUCAUGGGUGACCCAUGGAUGCAAAGAAGUACACAUAAACACUAAAGGGUUUGCGUCUGGGUGGUGGUGAAAUGUUCAAUGAUAUUCGCUGUUGUGUCACACCAAACCUGCUGGUGUGAAUGAAAUUUAGUGCAAUCUAUCAGUCAAAAACUCACAGUUCCAUAAGGCAACAGUUAAUGCACAGUAGAAGGAAUGUUAGAAACCAGAACAAGAGCAUUGUAAACAGGAUCACUAACACAACAAUCUCUGUUGGUGUUUGUCAAUUCUUGAAUAGGAGGCAUAUAUAACAACUGGCAUCAAUUUCCCCUGUUGUACAGGAACUUAACUGCUGUUUUCCACCCCACAGGGUUGACAGCUGUUGGUGGAUUGGCACUGAUGGGGGGACAAUAUCUCCCUGAUAAUGUGCCUCAAAGCCUUGCUGUUCUUGCUGCUUUUGUGUCCUCUAUCAACAUUGCAGGUAUGGACUAUCUUUUGGCUUUCUUGCUUAUUGCCUUUAGGAAUGUUGAACCAAAACAGUGAUGUCACAAAUUGCAGUGGCCAAGAGGUAUGGUAUGCUUGUGUAUCCAAAUUGAGAGAAACCAGUGAAAUACGUUUCUGACCGAUUGCUGUGAUCCUCUAGUUAUUUGUUCAUGAGAAACCUGAGUCCUUAAGCUUGUGCAGUGGCAACAAGAUCCAUCACUAGUCCUAAUGUCACCAUUAUAGAGCAAGGACCAUAUAGCUCAGGGGCAGAAUGUUUGCCUUACAUGUUUGCCUUGCAUGCAGGUCUUAGGUUCAAUCACUGAUAUCUCCAGGUAGGGCUGGGAGAGGCUUCCUGUCUGAAACUCUGGAGAGCCACUGACCGUCCAUUUAAACAAUACUGAGCUAAAUGGACCAAUGGGUAUAACUCGGUACGGUAAAAGCAACUUCCUCAGUGAGCUGAGGUCAUGAGGAGGAUGACUUUGCCAGUGUUGGAGAGCUUUUCCAUGAACUGCCUUAGACUGAGCCAGACCCUUGGUCCAUGUAGCUCAGCAUUGUCUACACUGACUGACAGCAGAUCUCAAAGGUUUCAGGUAGGAGUUUCUCCCAGCCAUACCUGGUGGGGAUUGAACCUAGGACCUUCUGCAUGCAAAGCAGAUGCUCUACCACUGAGCUGUCACCUUUCCAUUCCAGGCCUGGCUUGCUCUGCUAUUUAUCCACAAGCUAUCAGCAGCACUGUAUUUUUCUCCUGCUCCAACAUAUAUGCACUGAGGUCCUCUUGGACCUCUGGUUUUGGCAUGUGUUGAUACCAUGCCACUCACAUGGACCAUGCCCCAGUCAGUAAUAGCUAAACAUUUGUUCUGGUUCUGAUUUCAGCCUCCCCCUCUUGCAUGCAUCAUAUAAUAAUUCACAAUAGCGUGAGGACAAACCUGUCAGGAACCACAGUCAGGAACUGCGUAGGUCAGUAAUAAAAAACACAGUGCCGUUGAAGUUAGCUCUUCACUCAAGAGACCAAAACAGCUCAUGCCUUGUGAUCCCAGCAACUGUUCCCAGUAUGUCUUGCCCCAAUGCAGCAGUUAUGAGGACUGAAGGUCCCCACCUUCCCACAGCUGCCUGACCCCUCCUCUCUGGGUUUUUCCCCAGCAGUCGCAGAUUGCAUCUGCGCACAACCAAUCUCUCCCCUGCCCUUUUACAUUUCUCUCUGUGUUCUGGGUGAACAGGGGUUGAGGGAAGCUGGUCACAGCAAGAGGCGAGACUCCCUGGAUUCUUCAGCAGCCGGCCUCUGUCUCCUGUGCCCGCUCCUGCCUCUGAGUCUGGUCUGCCCUCUGCUGCAGACUCUUCGUGCUCACUCAACCCUGUUGCCUCCACCUUCCGACACCCCCCCCCCCGUCUGCCCCUUCUUCCCUCUCUGAUCACUCAUCAUCAUCCCACCACCAAUCCCUGGGCUCUGAGCCAUCUUCCCUUGGGGGGGGGGGUUCCCCAGCUGUUGCCUCUCCCCACUCCUCGGCAUCCAGCCAGUCCAUGCCAGCAACCUAGGAGAGGCUGAGAGUUUAUUAUUAAAUGGAGGCUUAAACUUCAGAACAAUUGCCCAUGUUCCUAGCAUUCAAUAAUACCAUUAUGCUGGUUUCGAAAUCUAAAUAUUCUUUUCUUUUCUUUAUGGGAAAGGUGGUUUCCUAGUCACGCAGAGGAUGCUGGAUAUGUUCAAGCGCCCCACUGAUCCCCCCGAAUACAAUUACUUGUACCUGUUGCCUGCUGGCACUUUUAUAGGAGGAUAUGCAGCAGCUCUCCAUAGCGGAUAUAACAUUGAACAGGUAAGAAGAUCUCUUGGGGACCCAGGGUACCAUUUUCUUUCGUUGCAUACAGAAAAUGUAAAUUGGCAGUUUUCGGGGGCAUAUUACAGACUGCACGCACACCCCCCUCCCCCCCCAAUCAACAUCUAGGAACUGUAGUUUUUAAAUGGUGCUGAGAAUUGUAUUAUUUCUGCAUGUGUGUGCUUUAAAUGCAUGCUGUGUGAGGCUGAAUUCUAUCUACCUAAGAGAGUCAUUCCUCCCCCCAUUUUUUUUUUUUGCUGCAGCUUGCCCCAAUUCUUCUGUGGUGAAAACACUGCAGAACCUUUGGGAAUGGCACAUGAUAAUACAAACAAAUUGCUAAUGCAGAGAAGAUGAGGGUUCUUAAACCCCCAUUCUAAGUAAAGAAUAGGACCCACGUAUUUUGGUUUGGCUUAGUAGGCAGCCAUGGCUUGCUGUCUCCACCAAGUCCUCCUAAGAGUCCUUUAGCUUGUACAGUGGAAGGGCAAAGUGGAUAUUUGUCACUUGGCUUCAGAGAGAGGCAGAAGCAAGCAGGAAAAACGUGCAUGUCUUCUGCCUUCUCUGAGGCUCCCAGCCCAAAGCAAGAGCCGGAGGACUUCAAGGGAGAUAAGAUCUGUUCUUAUACUUGGCACGGUGAAGAAUGCCGUUCCCCAACCAAAUUCAUUGCAGCUCGUGCCAGAAUGCCCCAGUUGUGCCAACGUAUUUAGUAAUCCUGCAGUUGUUCCAUAUAAUUGCAGUGAGUGCAAUAUAUCAUUCUUUGCAGCAAAUUAUGUGCUUUGGCAUUCAGCAUCCUGGUUCUGUUUGGUAUACACAAACAGUCCUGGUUUACUCUCCUUUUACUCUCCUUCCAAGUAUGUCUUUGGAUUUGAAGUCUGUGGAUGAGGCCUAUAUUACCCUCUCACCCUCUAUUUUUUUGGGGGUACAGUGUCUUUAUAUUGCAGGUGCUUUAUAUGUUUUUUCGAAAACUCUUAUUAUUAUUAUUAUUAUUAUUAUUAUUAUUAUUAUUAUUUAUUUUCACUUCUUAAGAUGAUCUACCUGGGUUCAGGCUUGUGCUGUGUCGGUGCUCUGGCUGGCCUCUCCACCCAAGGAACAGCUCGGCUUGGCAAUGCUUUGGGCAUGAUAGGUGUUGCUGGGGGCAUGGCAGCUACUCUCGGAGGCCUAAAACCAUCCCCUGAGCUGCUGGCGCAGAUGUCGGGCGCAAUGGCUCUUGGUGGCACCAUAGGUGAGUGCAGAGCUAAAACACCACCUGGUUUUAGGAAAAACUCUGAACGUAGCACAGUGUCUUUUUUUUUUUUUGCAGUUGAGCCUACUGUAGGUGAUGCCAUUUUUUCCUGUCAGGUGUCUUCAUGCUUUAGAGAUGUGGGGAAACUUGUUUUCUUUUUAGCAGAUAAAGCAGGGUGGAAAACUGUUUUCAGCCCACAGUGGUGAGUGGGGGCCAUGGGCAAAGGGGAGAUAGGAGAGAUGUACAUUUUGUGAUUACAGUGGUACCUCGGGUUACAGAUGCUUCAGGUUACAGACGCUUCAGGUUACAGACUCUGCUAACCCAGAAAUAGUACCUCAGGUUUAGAACUUUGCUUCAGGAUGAGAACAGAAAUGGCGCGGCGGCAGCGGGAGGCACCAUUAGCUAAAGUAGUACCUCAGGUUAAGAACAGUUUCAGGUUAAGAACGGACAUCCAGAACGAAUUAAGUUCUUAACGCGAGGUACCACUGUACACAGUAGGCAGCGGCUGUUUCUGGUUGUCCAGCAGGGCCCACCAGCAGAGGAUAUGGGGCCUACUAUAACCCUCUCAUGCUUUGAGCUGGCCCCAACCUUCACAAUACUUUGAGAUGUGUUCCUUAUAUUUCUUUAUAGUUCUUCAGCUCAUUUUGAGCAUAUUACACUAAUCCUGGCCUGACUGCACUUGCUGUCAGUUAGUUUUUGGAGCCAGUUCAAAGUGCUGGGUUUGACCUAUAAAGCCUUAAAUGGCUCGGGGCCACAAUACCUCAAGAACUUUCUUUCCCCAUAUGAACUGACUUGGACCCUGUGGUCAUCAUCUGAGGCCCUUCUUCAUGUACCUCUUCCACAAGAGGUCCAGAGGGCAGCAACACGGGAACAGGCCUUUUCUGUGGUGGUUCCCCAUUUGUGGAAUGCACUCCCUAGGGAGGCUUGCCUGGUGCCUUCAUUAAGUAUUUCUUAGACACCAGGGGAAAACAUUUCUCUAUAACUAGGCCUUUGAAACGUUGUGUAGUCUUUUAAAUGUGCUUGUGGGAGGGGGGGUAUUGAUUCGUUUUUACCAUUUUAUUAUGUAUUUUGUGUUCUCAUUUUGUAUUUUUAUGUUGUGAACCGUGCAGUGAUAUUUGGAUGAAGGGUGGUAUGCAGAUCAAACAAACAACAUGCUUUAUAUGCUCUGUCAAGACAAGCAAGAGCCAUCAUCAGAGUUAAAGGACACAGUCCAUGAAAUUGUAGAGGUGUUUGAAGUCAGGAGUAGAAAAUAACUGGGGAAAAAAGCUCCUUAGUUUCUUGGAUAAUAGGUGCUGACUUUGCUUAAAUCAGGUAUGAUGCCCUCCAGAUGUUUUUGGACUACAGCUCCCAUCAUCCUUGACAAUUGGCCACACUGGCUGAGGCUGAUGGGACUUGCAGCCCAACAUCUGGAUGGGACUAUGUUGGCUGUUGCUGGCCUUCUUGCAGUUGUGUCCAGCACUUCCUAUAUUAUUAUUUUUAGGCUUGAAAUGCAAACCAGAGACUGUACAUUUGUGCUAAUGCUGAAGAAGCUUUUGUAUUGUAGUGCAUGCUGUCUCUAGCUUAGAUGUUCCUGCAUUGCGGGACAGCUUCCUCAUUACACACCACAGCAUCUGAUGGUUUACUACUUUUGUCUUGACAGGUCUGACAAUUGCCAAACGUAUCCAGAUUUCGGAUUUACCUCAGUUAGUAGCUGCUUUCCAUAGCUUGGUUGGCCUGGCUGCUGUCCUCACCUGCAUUGCUGAGUACAUGAUUGAGUAUCCUCACUUUGAUACUGAUGCAGCUGCAAACCUCACCAAGAUUGUGGCCUACCUUGGCACAUAUAUUGGAGGUGUAACCUUCAGUGGCUCUCUCGUCGCUUAUGGAAAGCUCCAAGGUAAAUUUGCUUCUCUUCCUUUCCCUUCCCUUCCUGUCCCUUGGCAUAUUCUAUCCAUCUUUGUACUCAUGAUUGCAUACUCUUUGGUAUGCAUGUAUGCAUACCAUUCCUCUUUGGUUUGGUUUUGGCUCAGGUGGUAAGCCUGUGUCCUGGAUCCAUAUCAGACUGCAGGUGUAGAUUCAAGUUGAUCGAAUACAUUUUCACAUAUAAGAGAUUCACUUGCAAAUAGAAAGCUAACAUGUAUGGCUGUGAUAGAGCCAUUCUUCCUGACAUCUAGGGCAGGGCUGGGGAACCUGCAGCCUUCCAGAUGUUGUUGGACGAUAACUCGCAUCAUUUCUGACCAUUGUUUGUACUUUCUGGAACAGAUAGGAGUUGGCGCCUGGCAACAUCUGGGGGGCCACAGGUUCCCCAACCCUGCUGUAGAGAUUUACCAGCUGCUGAAUCAGGGCCUGGUUGUUGCCAGUCCAGCAAUUCUUGGUUGACCCACAGAGCAGCUUCUGAUUCUUUGCCUGAGGUGCCUUUCUCAUGGGAGCCUGGAAUAAUAAACUGCUGGGACAUAACAUCUGAAGUGGAAAGCCUGCUUUUAUACACAGAGCCUCCCUACACAAUACAUUUUCUCGGUGAUCUGGGUUUUAAGUUUUGCAGAGAGCUUGUGUGUUUAGGGGAUGCACCCUGCUUCAGACAUUAUGCCCCAACAUUGCAAUGGAGGGGGUGAGAGCAGCCUUAGAUUUGGGGGGAUGGGUCUAAAAAAUUGGCACAUUCUUGGCCCCUUCAUGCAAUUACACCGCAGGUAACCCUCAUGUUAUCUUGUUUUCUGGGAGAUGUACCAUGGGCUGUGGCUAUUACUUCAUGUCCCACCUAUGAACUUUCUAUGACACAUAGGUGUCCAUACUUGGAAGCAGAAUGUCAUACUAGAUGGACCAUAGGUCUGAUCAAUCAAAGCAAUUCUUAUGCUCAUUGUUUGAAGUAUAUAAUUGGAAGAUGUUAUGGACUAGGUGUGGAGAACCAUUGGGCCUCCAGGUGUUGCUGAACUGCACCUCCCAUCAUCCCUGGCCAUUGGCCAUGCUUGCUAGGGCUGAUGGGAGUUGUAGUUCAGCAAUGUUACCCACACCCAUUUCAGGCCUAGUAUUUUAUUGCUUCUGGAACCCUAUUGAAGAAAACAGCUUCUAUACCAGCUUCCUGUUGAUGCUGCCCAUGGAAGAUGGGGUUGAUAUUGGGCCAACAGUUGUGUAGAGCAGAUGGAAAUAGAAAAGGAACUUGAUAUUGGGUCUGUGGGCUUCUGCCUCCUCCUAAAGCUGCUGAUUUUCUAAAGCUGCCAAUUCUAGGAAUUGAAAGAUUUCCUUCCUUAUUUGCUUACUGCAGGUAUCCUGAAUUCUGCCCCCCUCCUCUUACCAGGCCGGCACUUAUUGAAUGCCGGCUUACUCACUGCAAGUGUGGGAGGAAUGAUUCCCUACAUGAUCGAUCCUAGUUACACAACUGGACUGACCUGUUUAGGGUCAGUGUCUGCUCUAUCUGCUGUUAUGGUAAGCAUGGGAUUUGAAGGCGGUGAUUUGGAAUGCCGUGCUAGUGAAAAUGCCAAACUGUAAACUGGGAUGCAGAAAAAUCACAUUUGUUACUAGGCAUGCUAAACUCCUACAAAGCUGAAGUAAGGUAGGGGUUAUAAGCCAGCUAGUUGUAUGGCUAUGGAGAACCCUAAAGUUUCCAGACAGAGCAAUGCAAAGAAAUCAGUGUGGUAUCUUUUUAUUCCACAGUUUAGCCACCUGUGCUCCUUGACCUAAUUUGAUGUGAAGGUGGGAGAAAUGAAAUAGGGAAGGGAGGGAGUGGACCCACUCUUUUUGAGCUUUGACCCCACCCACUGUGAUGUGUGACCUCCAGAAGAUUACCUCUGAGGGAAUGCAGACCUUGACAAAAAAAAGGGCUGUCCACCCAUUCUUUUGUUUUUUUGGAACAACAUUUGUUGGCUUAAAGCAUGGGUAGGCAAACUAAGGCCCAGGGGCCGGAAAUCUGGCCUGCAGAUGGUCUGGGAAUCAGUGUGUUUUUACAUGAGUAGAAUGUGUCCUUUUCUUUAAAAUGCAUCUCUGGAUUAUUUGUGGGGCAUAGAAAUUCAUUCAGAUCCCCCCCCCCAAUAUAGUCCUGCCCCCCCACAAGGUCUGAGGGCCAGUGGACCAGCCCCCUGCUGAAAAAGUUUGCUGACCCCUGGCUUAAAGAGUACACAAAGUUUACACGUGACUAGUAAAAGUGAAGUUAAUGGAUAGUCAGCAAAUAAUAAGUAGAAUUGCAUAACAGUUAUUAAAACAAUGGUUUGGUCUUGGCAUGGUGUUUCAGUGACCUUCGUGAAUAAUUUAGAUACGCUUGAAAAGGACUGUGGAGAUCAUUCAGAAUUGUUUUGAGCAGAAUUGAUACGCCAGUCUGCUUUUCAUUUAUUGGUUUCAUUUCCAUUCCACAGGGCGUCACUUUAACAGCAGCCAUAGGCGGGGCUGACAUGCCCGUCGUCAUUACUGUACUGAACAGCUAUUCUGGCUGGGCACUCUGUGCUGAAGGAUUCCUGCUCAACAACAACUUGCUAACAAUUGUGGGCGCACUUAUUGGCUCUUCUGGUGCCAUCCUGUCUUAUAUCAUGUGUGUGGUAAGGAAAACGUAGACAUGUGCUUUCUCCUGUCAACCCACUGAGAAGACUGAAUAAUUCUUUGUGUGUGUGUGUAUGUGGAAAAGUUUUGUGUUGUAACUUCAGUCUUUGUGUUUUUAACUUGUUCAUUCAUGUCAUUUUCCACCCACCCUGGUUUCUCCCCAUGGCUCUUUUUCUUUUGUAGCUGUUUGCCCAAUGCAGAGUACAGAUUCUGUCUUUUAAAUCCUUAAAGCACAUUAUAUCCUCAAAGCUGUGAAGCCAGGACUCAUGAACAUGGUAUUUAUACUGAUGUAGUAUGCCAUGCAUUUGAAUCCGUUCCUUAGUUGCUGGGCAUGCAGCCAGGGUGAUUUCUCCUUAUUUAUUUUUGCUUGGCUAACUUUUCGUUACUUAAAAUGUUACACAUCGAUGUACUGUUCACAGAAACUCCAAACAUAUUCUGUUUUGCUUAGGGAGAGAACUAAAAUGACUCUGCUUGCAACCUGCAGGUUUUUUAUUUUAUUUUAAGUAACAUUAAGGGUAUAACUUGGAUGGCCACUGCGUGGCAGCAAAUCUGCAUGAAUGAAUCACUAAUGCAUCUGGAACUUCUUGUAGACAUUAAAUCGUACUGGUGGCUUAUACUGUACUGCAAGACUGUUAGCUCUUUCUCACCCCCUUCCUGUUUUGUUUGGUUUUUAUAAAUUAAUAGGUUAGCAUUGUUUCCAGUUCAUCUCCAACUUUUUCAUCUUUCCUAGUCCAUGAUGUGAUUUGUCUCCUUGUAUCUUCCAACGACCUGAACUUUGUUACCGUCUGUUGCCUUUGGGAAAGACUCAUGUUUGAUAUUGCAUAAUGAUGUCACCUUGAGGCUUGGACAACUAUCGGAAAUAAAAACUUGGAGAAAGCCACAGAGGGAGAACUUAAAAAAAAAAAUUAAAAAAUGCUGAAGUUUUUCUUCACAAAACUAUAUUUGUUGCAUUUGAUUUUUAAAAGACAACUUGUUUAAAGCAUUCAGGGUUUUUGUUUUCGCCUCCCCUAGGCCAUGAAUCGCUCUCUUGCUAACGUGAUCCUUGGUGGAUAUGGCACUACUUCGACAGCUGGUGGGAAACCCAUGGAAAUAACCGGCACGCAUACAGAAGUGAAUGUGGACAGCGCCGUUGACAUGAUAAAGGAAGCCAACAAUAUCAUCAUCACUCCUGGUAAAACUGACGCUGCUGCUCAAGACUACUGCUUUUGUAGCCUGUGCCAUGAGACCCAGAUUCUGUGUGAUGAACAGUAUCCGUAAAUUAAGAACAUUUGCUCUGCUACAGUAAUACAAAUUGUGGAAGACAAUGGCCAAGCCAAUACUGUUACCAACCUAACUUCAUAUCCACACCUAGUGCCUAGUGCCUUAUUAAAAUGAAACAACAACAACAACAUAUACAGUGGUACCUCGGGUUACAUACGCUUCAGGUUACAGACUCCGCUAACCCAGAAAUAGUACCUCGGGUUAAGAACUUUGCUUCAGGAUGAGAACAGAAAUCGUGCAGCAGCGGCAGCAGGAGGCCCCAUUAACUAAAGUGGUGCUUCAGGUUAAGAACAGUUUCAGGUUAAGAACGGACCUCCGGAACGAAUUAAGUACUUAACCCGAGGUACCACUGUAAUUUAUUAUUUAUACCCCGCCCACUUUGGGCUGCUUCCAACAGAAUAUUAAAAACGUGCUAAAACACCAAUCCUUUAAAACUUCCCUAAACAGGGCUGCCUUCAGAUGCCUUCUAAAGGUCAGAUAGUUGCAUUUCCAUGAAUAAAUAAUCUUAAGUGUUUGGCUUCUCUCCCUAUCAUUCCUUGUAUUACUUGCUGCAUUCAGGCAAUACCCACACCAUACAUUUCAAGCACAUGGCUUCCCUCAAAGAACCCAGGGAACUGUAGUUUCUCAAAAGUGUCAAAAGUGAUGGAAAUUUUAGCCUGGGUGUCAUAAAUUGUACUUCCCGGUUAGCAGCAGUAUCCACUGUUAUUGGGGCCAAUCAUUUCAUUAUCACCUGUACUAAAACAAAAACCCUAACCAUCACAUAAUGGUUUCUCUGGUUGAAGUUUCUCUGGUUGAAGAUUGGAUACAUGGGAAAGUAAAGACAACCAGCAUGGUUAAUUUAGUUUGUGUGUUUCUCUCCCUGUCCAUCAGUUAACCUGGCAAACAUGUGAGGCAUUGGUAAAGCACUUCACAUCAUCUGGGCUUUUCUGCUUCUCCACAGGUUAUGGUCUUUGUGCAGCAAAGGCUCAAUAUCCAAUUGCUGACUUAGUGAAAAUGCUGAAGGAACAAGGCAAGCAUGUCAGGUGAGUAUUUUUUGGCUGGGAAGGGAAAUAGUGCACAGAGGAUCAGGUGGUUUUAUUGUUUUGAAAACCACAAAGAGGUUUUGAUGAUUAAGCAGCCUCAUUGAGACGAUUGUAUUUGCAGCUGAAGAACCCUUGCCGUUCUGCGUGCAGUUCCUUCACUUCUUCCUCACAGAAGCCAGGAAAUGACGCAAUAUUCAGUUAACCAUAGUUUCCUGUUAAUAUUGGAACCAGGGAACUGUGGUCAGUGGCUUCCUGACAAGUUAAGGCAUGAAGCCGAAUUUACACCAUGGUUGCAUACUCUACCCUGUUUGGGAGCUGUUCAUAGUUUGCUGAAGACUCUUUGGCUUGUUACCCAUUCAUGCAGGGUAGCAUCAAAGCAGCUGCACAUGGGGCCAUGAGUCUUGUUCAUAUUUUGGCUUAUUAAGCCAAGAUGUAACCAUCCAAAUGUAGAUACUGUGUUAGGGGAACAUCUCUCUCCUUCAGUAUCUUAUCUAUACAUAUACAUAAACACACACACACACACACACACACACAAGCUUUUUUUUAGUGGUAGCAUCUGCUUUGACAUUUUGUUUUGUUGUUUACAAGCAAGUGGCAUGGAAAUUUUAUGAAAUAAAUAUAUCCUAAAGCCCACUCUUUUGAAGUAAGUCAAGAGUUUAAGGAAAAUCAGUUAAUAAUAAUAAUAAUUUUUAUUUAUUUAUUUAUUUAUUUCCGCCCUUCCCGGUUCAGAAAACCGGGCUCAGGGCAGCUAACAACAAAUUUAAAACACUUAAUUGUAAAAGCAGCAUAAAAUACAGUAUAAAAACAUGAAUAACAAUAAAAUUCAAAAUUCAGAAAUCAGUUUGGGGGAAAUCCAUCUAAUAAGCAUUAGAUAGUCACCAGGGCUAGCUGGCUGAAUUAGUCGUACUUGGGCCAGCAAGGCGGCCGGGGAGAAUUAGCUGUGGGGUCUCAGAGUGGGUAAUCUUCGUAAAAGGGGAGGGAAGAGAAGGGAAAUAAAAGAUCAGGCUGAAUUCAAAUUAAGAGCAAGGUGGAAUAGCUCUGUCUUACAGGCCCGAUGGAAGGAGGUUAAAUCCUGAAGCGAUUAAGGCUAUUUUCUUCUACCCAAUGUUUCUUUGUUUAUAAUAUGAACAUGUGCAUCCUAUGUUGUAAAUUGGGGUUCUAAGCCCAAUUUGAGGUGCUGGUAUUCACCUGUAGAACCAGUGCAUUUUCCCUGGGGGUACUCAGGGGUACAUAGUACUGGCAUGCCAAAGCACUGGUUAAAAGUGUGGCACUUAACUGUAACAACUUCAUGGUGAGUACCGGCACAUUUUUUUCUAGAAGAAAAGCACUGUGUAGAACCAGAAACAACUUGGGACCAAGUUAUCUAACUUCACCAUUUAGCCUUGCAGCUCCUUGUAUGCCUGCUCCCAAGUGAGAUAAAAUAUAUAGGCGGAUGUGAGAGGAACUUUCUGGUGGUAGCUCCACAACUAUGGAACUUUCUCUAGGGUAGGAUGCAAAUUUCUCCUUCUCUGCUGGCCUUUCUCAUCUAUGCUAGAUGGUUUUCUCACAAAUGAUUAUGUGGCCCUAAAGAGUUUUAAAUUGGCGUAUUUGAAGUCUAAGGCUUAGCUGGCUUGAUCUUGGUUUGAUUAGGUCUUCUAUUAUUAAAGCUGAUUCUGUGGUUCUUAAUUUCAGGAACAACACGAUGGUUUUUGUAAUCCUCUGCUUGUUUGUGGUGUGUGUAUUAAUACCGCAUGGACACUGCCUUCUAUAGAUAAUCAUUUGGAGUGGGGGGCAUGAUGGCAUUAUUGUUGACCACUUUUUCAUUUGGCUGAACGUGGGUUGAUGCUUAAAAUGCCAGAACUGCUUGUGCUGCCCAUUGAAUUCCUUUGAAAUAUGGAGCUGCUGUUGGAUCUUCCAACAAUUAAUACAAAAUGGGUUUUGCCGCUUCCAGAGAAGUGUAAAUGUUGCUAUCGUUUAGGGAUAAUUCUGACAUUUCAGGUGUGGCAUGACCAUGCUUGCUACUGUGUUCUAAGCCACAAUCACUUCUUUAUAACCCAGGAGUGUGGCCCACCAACUUUUAACAAAACAGAGUGCUUGCUAUUCUCUCUCUCUCUCUCUCUCUCUCUCUCUCUCUCUCUCUCUCUCUUCCACCCACCUUUUCUUUCCCUUUGGCUCCUGUGUGAGCUAGUGUUUCAGUCCCCACUCCCACCCCAUUUUCUUCUUAAAAACUCAAAGCACUAAAGACUUUCCUUUCUGCAUCAGCUCUAUACAGAAUAAAUGUGAAUGGAGUAGAUGAUAGAGCCCAUUUUGGCAAGCGUUUGCCACAGCGGUUACCUGAAGGGAUUUAUAUGAAAGAAGUCUGUAUUUACUGUUUGCGGCAUGUUGGGUCUUUCAGCACGUUCUGGUGCACCCAUGGCGUUCAUUGAGUGCAGCUGCUUGCCCUGCGCUUCCUGCCGGCCCCACAGAGCCUCAGGACAGCGCCGCGUCCCAGAUGCGGUGGCAUUGCCUGCACAUCUGUGACAAAUAAAUGCCAGCACAGUCAUGCGAUGGUCAUCAAUGUAUAAUACCUGUGCUGCGCCAAGAAAAAAUUGCAUCUGUCAUCCUGAUGGCACGCCUGAUGUCUGUGAUUCAGAGACGCUGUGAUUUUGGUGAGCCUUGCUCAUAGCCAUAACAUGUUCCAGAAAAGGGGGAAAAAACCCUCAGAGAUUGUGUAACAUGUAAUGUUAAUACUGAGACUUGCGACUCAGAAGCGUAGGAGAGAUUUUGGGAGGGAAACAGCAUUUCCUAACAUCACCAUUUGACAUAAGGUUUUCCUUUGCAGUCGGGUUGCAUCUUUAACGUAUUACUAAAACCAGGCAAAAAAAAAUAUGUGCCUGUAACAUAAGUUCCUGCUGUUUUCUCCCUGUCUGUAUCUUACUGCGUAAUACAGUAAGUAUCUUGGUGAUGGAUGUGCUGUGUUUCUCAAGGAAGCGUUUCCAAAGACAUUUCCCCCCUUGGUUUGAUUUUUGCCGGAAGCCUAAUGGCUAAAUAACUUGCAGGGAAAAACAGGAGCAGGCUCUUUCGAUAAGCACUGGGUUCAAAGUGAGGUGGUAGCAAACCUCUGCCUGCACUGUUCUUUUAUUUUGAGAUGGUUGUUGCAUUAGAUGCUGGUAUUAAUUGAACGAUGAAAGCAGAAAGCAGCCACCAUCCACCAAGGUUGUGAUCUUAAGAGCACAGUUGCUUGCAACCAAGUCCCAUUGAAGUCACGGAAGUUUUUAACAAAGGAAAAAUGGAAUUGGAAUUGAAGUAUCAGAAAAUUACCCUCUAGUUGGGGAGGCAUCAUUUCCAGCCUCGCUUUCCUGAAAGGGAAGCAAAUGGUAUGUGACAAAUAGAGAGCAGGCACACUGACUUCCAGCAUCAUCAGUCAAGGCAGCAACAAACAAACACCCACUACUGCCAUCGCCACCCAUGGGCUAGGGACAAGAAUCACACUGAACAAGGAUGGGAAAGGGGGUCAUAGCAUGUCUCCAACAACAGAAAAGGGGGUUUUCAGGUCUAUUUGUGAGUUCUUUUUUAUAAUAUUUUUUAUUAAUUUUAACAUAUAAAUUAUAAAAUAUACCACAAAACUUAUCACUUAUACAAUCUUUUUAGACUUCCAUCAGCACCUCUGAUGAUCCACCGUUUUAACCACUUCUUAUGCAUUUCUUAACUUUAUAUUGCCUUUACAUCUCUUAACAAAUCAUCCUCCCCCUUGUCCAUUUUUACAAUACUUCUAAUAAUACUCCUCACAAAACUUCUUGCAACCCUACAAACGUCGUCUGUUCUUCACAAUUACUUUUCAAAUAGUCCGUAAAUUUAUUCCAGUCUUCUGUGAAUUUUUGGUCUCGCCGGUUUCAAAUCCUUCCUGUUAGUUCAGCUAAUUCUGCAUAGGUCUAUUUGUGAGUUCUUAGAGGUGAACUGUUGAAGGCAUUAUACUGUGGAUCCCAAGUAGGGAGAGCACUGUUGUGGUCAUGUCCCAUUUGCAGGCUUCACACAGGCAUCGGCUGGACUAGAUGAGCUUUUGACCCAAUUCAGCAGGACUCUUCUAAUGUAUGUUGACUGCUGGGGUAAACAAGUUGCCCAACUAGAUUGGCUUUUUGACCUGAUUCAACAGGGCAGCUCUGGCAUUUUUACAAAGGAAAGUGUGCUCUGCAUCUGCUCCAAGUUGUUCAUUCCCAGGGCCUAUGUUGUUCUUUAAAACCAGAUUCUGGAUCUGAUCUCAGGCUCUUAUUGAGCCCUUGGUAGGGUGUAAUAUUUCAUGCAAUUCCCGGUUCUAUAAGGCAGGUCACUGUUUCCAUUUUUGCAGACUGGGAAUUCUGGUGUGAGCAACACCAUCAUUCAUCCGUUCCACUGCAUGCAUGGGAGUUGGGAUUUGAACCCAAGUCUCUAUGGAACCAUGCUGACUUUUGUUGGCUCUGCACCAUUAAUAUAUUAGGGCCCUGAAGGCUCCUUUUUUUUUUAGUUUACAGUACUCUUUAGGAUUCUUUUAAAUAGUCUGUGUAAACUAUUUUCACUCAAUUUAAUGUUCUUCACAAUAUGUUAUAUGUCUUGUUUGAAACAUUGAAAUGUUUCACUAAUUCAGCCUACUAAAUGCCACUUCUAAAAUUUAGAAUUCAUGUAACAUUGAGAACAGGUGAACAAGUAUUAUCACAAACAGUAUUCCCCCCCCACCCGAGUACUUAAACUGCAGAAUGUAAAUAUGCCCCACUGAAGGCAUAAGAUAAACACCACAAACCUUGUAAGUCAAAGGUUUAGUGUCUCGCAGCUCCAGAACACAGCUUAAUUAACAACUGUUUGUACCACUCCACCAUAGCCAAGCCCUGUACCCUAAAAUACACAUGACUAUUUGGACAUUGCGAUGCAGUUAUACUCCAGGGAUAUCAGAAGCAUCUGGAAAGAGCUGUAAAUCCUUUCACAGUUCUCCUCCUCCUGUGUCUACACGUUGCAUACAAUGAGUUGCAAAACUCUGUUGUUCAGUUAGUUAUUUAUAGGAAACUUCUCCCUGACUUUUCUGCUAUACACAGCACCCAAGGUGGCUUGGCAGUUAGGUCUAACAGCUGUGAUAAGGACUGUGCUUUGUUUUUUAAUUUAUUAUUGCACUGGGAAUCCUGCCUUUCCUCCAGAGAAUUCAUGGUAGGCUACACAGUGUGCCCUGGUGGUCCUCCUGCACAGGAAGUGCCUGGACCACAGACUGGACUUGCUUAACUUCUGGAAAGUUGCAGAAUGGCCUCCGGACAUGCCCUGCUUCCAUUUUGGCCCAUAAGUAGAUGCACUAAAGAUCUCUACUCACAAGUUCCAUUCCAGCAUUCCUCACACUCCCCAAACUGUGUUUUUGCUGCGUUAGCAGCACUGAAGUGUAUUGACUGUUAGAGGAGGGGGUAGUACCUCUGGCAGAGAACAUGAUGUCCUCCUUCUUGGGGUAGUUUGUGCUUUUAAUGCCUAGUAUGGAUGUGGCCAAAGACUCUGGCUCUAUCCUCACAAGGACAACUUCCUCAAAAAUUGGGGCCAUUUCCAGCCUUUCUCUAAAAUGUACUUAAACUUAACCACAGUUCAAACUCUUACUUUGCUUAGCUUAUCAUUGGAUGGGGCUCCAGUGCUGGCUACGAAUUUGGCAGAUGCACAGGACGUUCUUUAGGGGUGUUAUUUAUUUAUUUAUUUAUUUAUUUUUACAACUCAGCGGUGGAGAAGCCCCACUGGUGUGUGCGAGGCUGCCCAACUGGAAUACAGCCAGAGGUCCUUAUUGUAAAAAGCUGGAAAUAAUAGGCUUUCACUGCACUGACACAAUGGAAGUUCAUGCGUCCAACCCGUCACAGAAUUUGUCUGCUGUAAUUUAAUUAAUAAUCUUAUGUGCAAAUAGCGAUUCUUGUAGCUUCUGCCAAAAUUUCUGAGACAUAAGUGAUCCUAGUAAGCUACAUCUGCUCGAUGCCUAUCUCUGCUUGCUCAAUAGCAUUUCUGAGCACUGCUAAGAGUUAUAAAUUUGCUGUGUAACAUGCUCUGCUAGCCACUCUGCCUCUGAUUAUCCCGGUGCGUGCAAUCUCUCUCUGUUCCCAGUAUCCACUUGGUUGGCAGUUUUCCUAGAAACACACUCUCUGUUUUCAUCAGAAAUAUGAUAUGAAUGAGAGAACAUAUGAACAUCCUUAGGAGUGUUGUGCUUGCUUGGAAUACAUGUGAAUCAGAGUUUAGAGAGGACAGACCCCAGAGACAGGAACCUGUAAAGGGAAAUGAGAGAUUACAAGUUUUGUAACCUGUAAUGCGUUCAACCCAGGCUUCUCUGCUUGUGGUGAGGCAUAAGGGGUGUUUGUACCUUGCAUUCGAUUCAUGUGCCAUCUGUACAAAAAUAGUUGAGCUCCACACCCACAGUUUUCCACAUGCAGUUUCAGGGGUGUUGUAUAUUCAUUCAGCUGUUCACACGUAAUGCUCAAUGAGUGUUCACUCUGUGUACACAAUGGCUGAACUGUUUAAAUAACAAUCGCAUGCUGUUUUUCACAAACACUGAGAAUAAUAUAAUAUAAUGCGGCAGCUAGACUGGUGGCUGGGAGCGGCCGCCGAGACCACAUACCACCAGUCCUGAAAGACGUACAUUGGUUCCCAGUACAUUUCCGAGCACAAUUCAAAGUGUUGGUGCUGACCUUUACAGCCCUAAACGGCCUCAGUCCAGUAUACCUGAAGGAGCAUCUCCACCCCCAUCGUUCUGCCCGGAUGCUGAGGUCCAGUGCCAAGUGCCUUCUGGUGGUUCCUUCGCUGCGAGAAGCCAAGUUACAGGGAACCAGACAGAGGGCCUUCUCGGUAGUGGCACCUACCCUGUGGAACGCCCUCCCACCAGAUGUCAAAGAUAAAAACAACUACCAGACUUUUAGAAGACAUCUGAAGGCUUUUAGGGAAGCUUUUAAUGUUUAAUAGACUAUUGUAUUUGAAAGCUGUUGAAAGCUGCCCAGAUGGGUGGGGUAUAAAUAAAUAAAUAAAUAAAUAAAUAAUUUAUUUAUUUAUUUUAGGGUUGGAAGGGACCUCAAGGGUCAUCCAGUCCAACCCCCUGCAAUGCAGGAACCACAGCUAAAGCAUCCCUGACAGAUGGUCACCCAACCUCUGCUUAAAAACCUCCAAUGAAGGAGAGUCCACUACCUCCUGAGGGAGUCUGUUCCACGGUCAAACAGCUCUUACUGUCAGAAAGUUCUUCCUAAUGUUGAGUCGGAAUCUCCUUUCUUGUAAUUUGAAUCUGUUGGUUUGGGUCCUACCCCUUGGAACAAUACAACAAUGCAAAUUGGUUUCCACUGCUGGUUCUUAAUCAAGGAAGACAUUGCCAACAAGACCUCAAAUUUAAAUUGUUACUGUUCAUAACACACCAGACGAGAGAAAGACAAAAUAGGAUGUAUGUUAGGGAUGAUUAGGAAAGUGACAGAAAAUGUAACUCCAAAUAAUAUUAGGGUGCAACCACACUUGGAAUAAUAGGUAGAGUUCUGGUCACUCAAAAAUGGAAGUCAGCCCUGAGUGCUCACUGGAAGGACAGAUCCUGAAGCUUAGGCUCCAAUACUUUGGCCACCACAUGAGAAGAGAAGACUCCCUGGAAAAGACCCUGAUGUUGGGAAAGAUUGAGGGCACAAGGAGAAGGGGAUGACAGAGGACGAGAUGGUUGGAUAGUGUUCUCAAAGCUGCUAACAUGAGUUUGACCAAACUAUGGGAGGCAGUGGAAGACAGGAGUGCCUGGCGUGCUCUGGUCCAUGGGGUCACGAAGAGUUGGACAUGACUAAAUGACUAAACAACAACAACAAACAACAAUUGUCCCUCCCAAACUUUGAGGGGGGGAGAAGAGAGAUGAGUAAGAACAUGCAACCAAAAGAUGCAUUGUAAUAAAAACUGCUUAGAUAUAACUUAUAUUGGAAACACAGGGGAACUGCAUCGCUUGCCUGAAUUCUAACACAGACAUCCACAUUGGAGUUCUUCUAAAAAUUAUUGCGCUUCAGCAGGGAUUUUUUUUUUUUUGAAAGAGGAGAACUGUUUCACAUGGCUUGAAUUACUUAGUGGCUGACUGGCUGAACCUUUAAGCUUCUUAAUAUUUUGUCCUAUUUGUUUUGCUGUUGUAUAUCUGAUUCUACAUCUGGUCUUUGCUAGAAGGACUGCAGUUAUUUUCCCUCUAAAGUAUCCUUGGGGCUGUGUGUCGUUUGCAAAGAUGCUUUGUUAGGAAAAAGCCUACUGUUUCUAUCAGCCUUCCCUACCCCUUCCAUCCCCCAAGUUUCUAGCCCCUAUGGUUUUUAAAAAUAGGGCUGGAAACUGAUUGCUGCUUCCAAGUUAGUUUAAAAUUGCAGAAACAUUUCCAUGAGAUGCUCAGUUAAGGGGAAGUAUAUGUACAUACAUGUAUAAAAGGAAAAAAGUAUGUUACAAAUCCAGAAGCAGCUCAAUGAAAUGUACACUGUCCUGGAAGUACUGUAGACAUGUGAAUACAUACUUCCUGUGUUGAUAAUUUUAGGGCCAAAUGAGACAUGUCACAGGACAUCUGAGAACAAGGUCUACUUUGAUUUUUCUUUAGCUCAAGCAAAGGAAGCACUGCAGGUAUUGGUUUUAGUUGCAAAACAGCAUAGGGCAAAGGAAUGUCUCAUUUAGUGUUUCCCUGUAGUUGCUUGUGAUUUUUCUCUAUUUUUAUCCCUUGAAGAGAUCCUGUCCAUGAAUCUCCUAUAUAACACGCCUUGUUUAGUCCCUAGAUACUCAAGUGACUUGGGUGAUGAGCAAUCAUAACACGGCAAGUAAACUAGCUUUGGUUAGUGCUAACUCCAGCAGCACCUUAACUCUUCAGAAUGAUUCUUUCUAGAAAUGUGAAGCAGGGCAGUGGGAGAUACAUGAGCUUUCAAUAGCCAUCUGUCAGAUAAUAUGUGCUUACACCAGGCCUUCCAUAUCACCACCAUCUUUUCCAGGACCACCACCAAAACUUGUGCUUAAACACAACUCACCCAGUUCUCUGAACAACCAAAAUCAAAUAUUGGAAGCAGGUCGUCACAGAUAAUUAGGUGAUCUGGGCAUGGGAAGAGUUCUCCUUAAAGAAAAAAGAAAAUAUUGAUUACACCUAUGCUUCUGUGGCCUAAUUUGACUGUACUCACACAAGAUUGGUGUCCUUUGUUUUGUUUUCAACAUUUAUAUUGCAUUUCUGUAGAAAGCUUGAUGAAAAUAUUUGGCCGGUGUGCUAAAAUGGUGGAGAAAUGUUCAUAUUAAGGAUUAGGUAUGAUAAUGAAACACUGAGCGUCAUAAUUGCCAUUGUAUGAGUUUUAUGUUGAACCCUCUUUUACACACAGCAAAACAAAUCUAGUGUGUCUGCGUUGACAAAUUUCCUAUACAGUGGUACAAAUUAUAUAAGGUGGGGAGAAGCUUCUCUAUACUUUCCUCACUCCUGCUCCAGAGCUCCUGCAUGUUUCUCAAAUACAGGCCAGGGUGUUCCAGGAAUACAAAGCAAAGCAUUUGAAAAACAUGUUUUUAAUUCCCAAGUGGAGUUAAUUAAGCAGGUGGUCUUGCCCACCUCUUCUUGCCACAGGUUUAAUCUCUUUAAUAAUUUCAUGGCAACAAUCACCCCCAUUAACUUGAUAAAUUCAGCAGUUCAGUCCUUGUGUAUUUGAGACUUGAUCCAGAAGCAGCUAAAUCUUCACUAUUUGGGCCAGAAUCUGGGCUCUAAAGAAAAUCUCUAUGUCAUGUUGAAUUGUUGUAGACAGAGGUUUUUCACACAAGGACUUUUUAUCCUUGAGGUGUUUGCGAAAGGCUUUUCAAGUUCAGCUAAAUUUUAAGCCCAUCAGUGGCUCCCAGCUCUUAGUUCUUUGGUAUCGUCCCAGGGCCAGCUUUGUGACAUGGUUUGGAUUUUUUUUUUUAAAAUAUAUAAAAAGGCAAAAAUCCCCAUCUUGCUUUGAACUGGUUUUAUACAUGAGGAAUUUGGAGUGUUGAAUUGGCUUGUGGCUUCUGUUGUAAAGUAUGUAAAUAAAAUUAAAAGACCUAGAAUUUUAAACUCAAAUCUAAACUCGUUCAGGCAACAGCUUCACAUUGACACUGUUCGUAGUAACCUGCAUGAUUAAAGCAAUCACUCAUUUAUACAAAAGCAUAGAAUUGUAGAGUUGGAAGGGACUUUGAGGGUCAGCUAGCCCCACCCCUUGCAAUUCAGGAAUCUUUAGCCCAACAUGGGGCUUGAACCCACAACUCUGAGAUGAAGAGUCUCAUGCUUUAUCCUGUUUCCCACAGUGGCCAGCCAAAGGCGUAUGGGAAACCCAUGGGCAGAAUAUGAUGGUAAUGUUCAGCCCUUUCCUGCUGGUGCCUCCUAGCUACUGGCAUUCAGUGACACGCUGCCUGCCUCUGCUUCUGGAGCCAUCAUGAAUAGUAGACAUUUAUAGCCUUAUUCGGGGACGCGGGUGGCACUGUGGGUUAAACCACAGAGCCUAGGACUUGCCGAUAAGAAGGUCGGCGGUUCGAAUCCCGCGACGGGGUGAGCUCCUGUUGCUCAGUCCCUGCUCCUGCCAACCUAGCAGUUGGAAAGCAUGCCAGUGCAAGUAGAUUAAUAGGUAGCGCUCUGGCAGGAAGGUAAACGGCGUUUCCGUGCGCUGCUCCGGUUCGCCAGAAGCAGCUUACCGUAUUUUUCGUUCUAUAGGACGCACAUUUCCCCCUCCAAAAACUAAGGGGAAAUGUGUGUGCGUCCUAUAGAGCGAAUGCAGGCUGCGCCGCUAAGCCCAAAGCCAGAACAGGAAGACGGAGCACUGCGGAGCGCUCCGUCUCACUGUUCUGGCUUGGGAACAGCCUUGCUAGCUUCUGCAGGGCAGCGGAGUGAAGGCACCCCGCUGCCCUGCAGAGGCGCGCAAACCUCUGCAGGGCAGCGGGGUGCCUUCACUCCGCUGCCCUGCAGAAGCUAGCAAAGCUGUUCCCAAGCCAGAACAGCGAGAUGGAGGGCUCCGUCUCGCUGCUCUAGCUUGGGGAGAGCUGCGCGCAAACCUCUGCAGGGCAGCGGGGUGCCUUCACCCCGCUGCCCUGCAGAAGCUAGCAAGGCUGUUCCCAAGCCAGAACAGCGAGACGGAGGGCUCCGUCUCGCUGCUCUAGCUUGGGGACGGCUGCGCGCAAACUUCUGCAGGGCAGCGGGUGCCUUCACCCCGCUGUCCUGCAGAAGCUAGCAAGGCUGUUCCCAAGCCAGAACAGCGAGACGGAGGGCUCCGUCUCGCUGCUCUAGCUAGGGACGGCUGCGCGCAAACCUCUGCAGGGCAGCGGGCGCUGCGCUCCAAAGGCUUCAGGGAUCUUUGAGGCUGGCGGUGAGGGAAGCAGCGCUUCCCCACCGCCAGCCCCUAAGCUCUGGUGAAUGUACCUUGAACGCACCUUGUUUUGGAGGGGGAGAACAAGAAAAAAAUUCUUUUUCCCUGUUCUCCCCCUCCUAUGAUCCGGUGCGUCCUAUGGUCCGGUGCGUCCAAUGGAGCGAAAAAUACGGUAGUCAUGCUGACACCUGGACCUAAUGGUCAGGGGUCCCUUUGCCUUUACCUUUAUAGCCUUAUUCAAUGAAAUUCAAUAAAAUUGUCUAAUCCCCUUAAAUCUGUCCACAUAAUGCAUGUUGGCCACCACAACAUCUUGUUGCAACUUCAUAGUUUCAACUAUGUACUGUGUGAAGAAUUACUUCCUUUUGUCUUUCUCAAAUCUUUCACCGUUCUGCUUCAUUGGAGGACAUCACGUUCUAGUAUUUUACAUAUAAGAGUAGGGAGGAAAAAACCUUCACCCUAUUUCUCUUUCCCAUUUCAUUCACAAUUUCAUAUACUUCUAUGUCUCCCUUACUCACUCCCCCCCUAAACUAAAUGAAUGCUUUAAUUGCUUUGUCAUUAGGAAACCACGCCAACCCCUUUUUUGUUGGUUUUUGCAAAUCUUUCCCAGUUCUACAAUAUCUUUUUUGAGUGACCAGAACUCUACCUAUUAUUCCAAGUGUGGUUGCACUGUUAUAUUAUUUGGAGUUACAUUUUCUGUCACUUUCCUAAUCAUCCCUAACAUACAGGAUAAGGCUAUGGGCAUUUUCCAGUGCCAGAGAUAGCAGGCCUCUGAAUACCAGGUUGGAAGAAUGCUGAUCUGCUUCCAGGACUGGAUGGGCUUUUAGUUUGACCCAUCAGGGUUCCUGUGUUCUUUAUUUACCCUCUCAGCCUUGGGUUUCUAUCUUUAACAUGUUUAGGGAAGCUUUUAAUGUUUAAUAGAGUAUUGUAUUUUAAUAUUUUGUUGGAAGCCACCCAGAGUGGCUGGGGAAACCCAGCCAGAUGGGCGGGGUAUAAAUAAUAAAUUAUUAUCAUCAUUAUCAUCAUCAUCAUCAUUAUUGUCAUUAACAUGUGGGGUUGUACUCAAAUAAUUUGCUGUGACAAUUAAUAAGAGAAGAGUUAGGGAAGAGUUCAGUGGUAGAGCAUCUGCUUUCCAUGUAGAACCCAGGGUUCAAUCCUCAGCAUCUCCAGGUAUGGUGGAGAGAGACCCUGUCUGAGAAACCUGGAGAGUCUCUGGUACUUAGUGUAGGCCAGGGUUUCCCCAAACCUGGGUCUCUAACUAUUUUUGGACUACAACUCCCAUCAUCCCUAGCUAGCAGGACCAGUGGUCAGGAUGAUGGGAAUUGUAGUCCAAAAACAGCUGGAGACCCAAGUUUGGGACACCCUGCUGAAGACAAUACUGAGCUAUAUGAACUCAAUGUUCUAAAGCUUCUUCCUAUUUUAUUUUCUUUCUUUUUUAUGUACUACAUACAUGAUUUCAUUGCCUCUUUCUCCCACUACCCUCAGGUUUGGUAUUCAUCCCGUCGCCGGACGCAUGCCUGGGCAACUGAAUGUGCUGCUCGCAGAAGCCGGUGUGCCAUACGACAUUGUCCUAGAAAUGGAUGAGAUCAAUGAAGACUUCCCAGGUGAGAGAGCCACUCCCUAGUCCGUUUUUGCUUUCAUCUGUGUGUGGUUUCUAAAAAGCUAGCUCACAAUGCUUCACUUUGAUUACAAUAUGAAAAUUUGCAAUCUAAAUUAUGCCAGAUUCUUAUCUGGCUCACUCUGUUAAAAGUCAUUGUUAUCAGUUCCCUUACUAAAUGCAUGCAUUGGAAAUUAAUAUUUCCAUGCUGCUCCUUAUCAUUUUAAUCUAAUUUUUUAAGCUUCCAGGAAAAGCAAUUUAACACUCUCCAAUAAUUAGUUUGGGGAAGUCUACCUGUACUGGUUUUAUAUCUCCGUGUGGAAAUUGAAGUUUCUGCAUCUUCAUGCUACUAUGAUGCAAGCUGCUAACUGUUGGAAUAUUGAGUUCUGUUCAUAAUUUUGUGUGUUUGUAUGUGGUCUCCCCCCCCUUAUUCUUAAUGCAGAAACUGAUCUAGUCCUUGUUAUUGGAGCUAAUGACACAGUUAAUUCAGCUGCCCAGGAAGAUCCAAACUCCAUCAUUGCCGGAAUGCCUGUUCUAGAAGUUUGGAAAGCAAAGCAGGUAGGCUCCAAAACAUUGUGGCAGAAAUUCCAUGUUUUCUCAAACUUUUUAAAGCUGUCAUCUUAUUUAGAAACAUAAUACUAAUUAUGCCCCAAGCUACCACAAAUUUUCUGCCUACUUUCUCCUGAACUAUUUUCCAAUAUGGACAGGCUAGAAGGCACCAUUGAGAGAGUAGGGAAAACUUGCAACCUUUCACCUGGAAGAGUGUCUUCCAAAUUAUUCUGCCCAUUGGGAACUACAUAGUGGAAUAUUGUUGCUUUCUCCCACUGCAGGGAGCUGUCAGUGCCUUGAUGAUAUAGACUGCUGUUACCCUAGUCCCCCAACUCCUCUCAGAGCUACCGUAUUUUUUGCUCCAUAAGACGUACUUUUUUCCUCCUAAAAAGUAAGGGGAAAUGUCAGUGCGUCUUAUGGAGCGAAUGUGAGGUCAAUCGCUGGGUCCCUUUCUGGCCCCGUCCCCUAGCCCAGGCCUUCAUUGUUGAAUGUUCUGCAGAUGGAGGCUGUUUGUUUCCCCAGUGACAUGUGACUGGUUGAUUAGAUAAUCUGUCUGGAAACUGUAAAAACGGCUCCCUUUCCUUUCCUAAAGAAGCUACAGAACUGUGAGUUGAACCCCAUAAAAACAGGAUUUUUUCCCCUUUGCAAAGUAAGCUCAACAACUUUGAGCUGAUCCUCAAAAAAAGGAGCUUUUCCCCUUUGCAAAAGAAGCUGCACAACUGUGAGCUGAUCCCCCCAAAAACGGGGCUUUCCCCCUUUUCUCCUCUAAAAACUAGGUGCGUCUUAUGGUCAGGUGCGUCUUAUGGAGCUAAAUUUGCCAAAGGUUUGCCACACCCGUAUUGAAUAAACAAAAAGUGUUGCAGUUAUGCCUUAACAGAGUAUGGUCGACUUUUCUGAAACGGGUGGGGGAAACCUUUAGCCCCAACCAGACAACAGAACAGUUAAUGUGUAUUGAAAUAAUUUAUUUCCCAUGGGGUUGCUCUAUAUAAACAACCACCUUCUUUUGUGUUGUUGCUGAGUAUUUAUACCUGUGCUAUAUCUAAUACAAUUUCCUCGUUUCAGGUCAUUGUUAUGAAGAGGUCUCUAGGUGUUGGCUAUGCAGCUGUGGACAAUCCAAUCUUUUACAAGCCCAACACUGCUAUGCUGCUUGGGGAUGCUAAGAAGACGUGUGAUGCCCUGCAGGCCAAAGUGAGGGAGUCCUAUCAGAAAUAA